AUGCCGAAUUUGGCCAACCCGGUUUCAUCGCUUCGACCGCAGCCAAGGCUCGACUCAAAAUGGCUAAAGACUGACAUACAGGUUGGUUGAAAUCAAAAUAAACCGGUUGUUUUGGGUUGUACUUGAACGUUGGCGGAACUUGAGCCCAGCAACAGUCAUUCCCCUCGUUCUGUGCUUUAAUUUAUUGCAUUGAAUCCGCGAUUCCACCAUGCGUGUUUGCGUGCAAUUUGGCCAGUCACAAAAGCUUCAGUGUUGUGGCUUUUGUAAAAGCUUACGACCUUCAUUCUAGGCUGAAAGUGUUUACCCUGAAACAGGUUUAAGGUCAUUUCAUUAAGAACCUGAAGGUAGUUGCAGAAAUGUAUAACGCGAGUUAGUGGUUUCGCCCGACUGUAACAAAUUAAUUUUAAUGCAACUGGCCACUAAUGCUUUUUGUUGUGAGCUAAGAACGUUAGAAGUUUCUCUUGGAUGUAAAUAAUUAUGCCAUUUCCUACUUCUAUCACAUGAUCUUGUGUGUUGUACAUGUACGUGUGUUUUUUUUGUUUGGUUUCUCGAAUUCACUGAGUCAGAUGAUAACAGUAAUGUGACGGUUAACGACUCCUAGCUAACGGCGUCACAGAAUUAUGUUAGAGAUGCUUGCAGUUUUAUUAUUAUUUUUUUGUGCCUCUAUUAAUGGGACAGAUAUCAAGAUAUAUGUAAUGUAAGUACUAAUUGCCAAAACAAAUUUACUUGUACAGUGUACUCUGUACCACUUUUCAACUUAAGCUUUUUGGUUCAGUUUUUAUUAAUUCCUUUUCUCUGUCUGAUAAUGUACUUGCACAUGACUUAAGUCUGGUUCUGGUAUGUGGUUGAGUUACCUACAAAAUGACAGCCGGUACAACCUGAGAUACUUUUGUGACAUGAGAAGAGAAGUGGCUGGCAACAUUAGUUUUCCCAGUCUUUCCCGCUUGCAUGCUUGCAUAGUUGACUCGGGUUCAACUUUACAGGCAUGCUGGCCAAGCAGUAAAGCCCUGCAGUGGCUAAUUGUUGCCUGUGGCGCUUGUUCUCAUUCAACCAAACAGUAUCCCAGGCAGUGCCAGUGGCUACUUUGCAGUUACAUCAGUGGCAUAUGAUAAACAGGCUUAAAUACUUUAUCAUGUUUUCACUAUAAAACACUGGGAGCUGAAUAUAUGCAAAUUCCCAGUGCUGAUUGUUCUUUGUUCUUUUCUACGUGUAUUUUUACGUGUAUUGAACUUGAAAGUGCCGCUAUAAUAGAAGUUUUUGGGAUCUUGGUAAUACUGACAAUAAUAAGGACUAGCCUACAUGUACUCUCUGAAUAAUAAAUCCUUCUGUUAAGCAGAGAGUUAUAAGCAUCUACAUGUAGAAUUUUGGUGAAGACUGCAUAUUGGAUAGUCACAGUGCAUGUGACUUUUUACACAGGAAAUGAGUGUGUUGAGUCUACAUGAUUCAUGACCCCUUUAGUAUACUGAUAAAGUGAUUUUAUCCCAGGCCAGUUUUUCUACAUGUACAUGUUUGUAAAAAUCAAUUAUUCAAUUCCCUUAUAUUUCUUUAGUGUAUCACAAGAAACGUUUGCUACAUAUUUGUUUACCAUCAAACGUGAUGAUAAGAAUACUGUAUCUUUUUCUUUUUAGACUGCAUUUUCAAAUGAAGGUCUUAAAAGGCUUUGGAAUGAGUUAGUAAAAGAUGGAGAAAUCCCUGGUAAACCCUCUGAUGUAAGGAUCAACAGUGAUGGUGUGCCUUCCCAAAAGGGUGAGACGGGCAAAUUUUAUUGUGGUCGUCGUAUUUUAAAAUGUAUGUGCUGUGAUGGACAUUGUGGACCUAGAAAUGGAUGUAACUGUGAAUCAUGUCAGAAACUGGACCAAGAAGAUAGGGAACAAAAAGAAGAGGAGGAGAGAGCACCUCCAGCUGCAGGUCCCUUGAUGGACUCAUGGACUUGGGGGGACCAGCCAAGCCCAGACAAGCUCAGAGAAGUCCUCCAGGGCCUUAUUUUUGAGCAACAGGAGCUUGCAAGCCAAGCAGCAGGAACAACCCUGUCUGCUAUGAGGCUUCAGCAGAGGCUAGCUGUUUUGGGACGUUAUUUUAUUGCUUUGUCACGUGAAAGGCAAGCUAAUACUGCGAAGAGUGUGAAAAGGAAGAGUGUAAAAGAAGAGAAACAACAUGUAAUUAAAAAUCGUAAGAACUGUGCUAACUCUGAGCAGGCCUCAUUGGGCCUAGCUAGAAUUGGUGCUAGAGCAGCAUUGUCAUUCGCAUUUGCUUUUCUACGUCGUGCAUGGAGAUCAGGGGAAGAUGCAGACUUAUGCCGUGAGCUUCUUGAUGAAGCUCUCGAAGCUUUGCAGUAUCUUCCUGAAGCGACUCUUUUUGAUGAAGGAUCAGUUUCACCAGUGUGGCUUGAAGUGGUUGACCGUUCAACAAAAUUUCUUAGAUCAGUGGUGGCAGGGUAAGUUUCAUAAUAGUUAGGCAGUGAUUUUGUUACCUCUGCAUCCUUCUUCCCAGUGAACACAUAAACGUCCCCAAAGAUGUAAAAUAAUCCAUGACAUGCAUCCAGCAGGAGUCAAAGAAUGACUGAUCGAUAUAGUAGAAUAUCCUGUUUGUGUGAUUUCUGUGGCUAUUGUUUAAGAGAUGAAAAUCUAUUUUAGUCUUUUUGUGCUUUUAGUAAUAUUUAUUGUAGAAGGACUAUAUUUUAAUUUCAGAGUUUUGGCAUCUGUCUCUAGAUUAACUGUCUGGUUACAUGCGCUGUAAAGGCAUAAGUAUGUUCAAUUUAGGACAUACAUGUAUUACAUCUAUUUAAGUUUAUUGAUCAAUGGGCUCCUACCUUUUUUUAUUUUAGGAGCCCAAAGGGCUCCCAAAAAUCUGCACUGUCCUGCCCUUUACACAAAGUGUAGAAAGAAACAGAUGAUGUUAAUCUGGCCAAUGCUGGAAACUGUAUCCAACCACCUGGAAAAAGUCAUUGACAUUUAUGAUGUACACUAUGAUAUGUAAGAAAAUCGAUGUACUGUUUUCAAGUGUGCCCAUGAAGAAAAUAAUAAUAUUAAUGAUGUUGACCUUUCUAUCGUGGUUUUAUUUUUCUUUUUUGCGUUUCUGAUAGGAGGGGAAAUGAAGACAGAGUGUACUGCAAACCACUUGAUUCUGUACCUGUUUCUGACCAACAUGUGGCUUUAGGAAUACUGCUAGAACUUGCUGUGCAGCGUGGUUCCCUUCAACACAUGCUGGAAGCUAUUUUGCUGUUGUUAGAACUUUGGGACAGUGGACAAGAUAAUGACACUGAUUCUUGUUUUACAUCUGCACCUCUUAUUCAUUUGCUGCAGAGAUUUGAGGAGAUAAGUGGGGCUUCUCAAAAGACUCUAGAACCUAAUAAGUUAGCUGAUGAGGUAAAUUUGCUCCUUAAUGUCCUUAUUCUUUUCACAAGCAAUAUUUACCUACCAUCCAUAGGUGACAGUACAUGAAUAGUAGACUAGGGCACUGGAUUUUAUUGUAUAUUGCAGUCUCCCAGGUUUAAAUUCGUUCUCAGAUCCUAAGAGUUCAAAAUGUAAUAUAUUAAAUUAUUAUGUUACAGAUCAAAUUAAAUUCAUCAUAAAAGUUUUGAUUCAAGAAUAAUUAGGGCUAGGAGACUAAGAAAAAUUGAGAAUCAACCUAGGUUAAAACAUUUAAACCUGAAUUUAAUUUUUACCUGUAACGUACAUGUACAGCUGUACAUGUAUAUAGUGAUACUUACACUGGGGUCACUUAUUGAUAUUAAUGUUCCAAGCAGAAGUGUAGUUUGUAAAUGCUGAUGUCUCCUAGAUGCAUCUUACAUGUACAACAUGUAUAUUUUACUCCAUAGGUCCUUUCAUCCAGUGUGCCUAAAGUGAGUCCAACAGAAUCAUUUCUGCGUUACCUAGCCCUCCCUGAAGAUGAAUCGGAGUUUGUUGAACUGCAGCACUGUGCUGUUGUUCUAGUUUCACACUUGGACAGAUUAGCUGCUCCUUAUCUGCCACUGUCAUCAAAUCAAAAGGUACAAUGCAGAUACAGUGCAUGUAAUCAUUACUGGUAAUUUAAUAAUAAUAAUAAUAAUUGAGAAUUUAUAUUUAAGUUGGAGGGGGGUGGAGGAGAAAUUGUUUUUUAUCCCAAAGUAUUUCCAGACCCCUACUCGAUAGCACCCAUGUCUUUUAGGUACCCCCCUUCAAUCAUGUCAAAAGAUUUAAGGGCCCCCCUUUCUUACAUAACACCCAAAUGAGACAAGUAUUACAAACAAUCUGAUACUGCAGCAUUAUGACGACGAGUGGGAAGAAUGGAUAAACUUACCAGACAAUUUUACUGCCUCGACAAAAAUCACGCUUAAAGUCAUUUCCAAGCCGUCAGUUCCUGUACAAUUAAACUUUAACUUGGAGACAAAGUCACAUUCCAGUAAACAAGCUACUUUAAAGGCUAGCUCAGACAGCGGGAUGUUGGUUGUAGACAAAACGUUUGUUUGAAGAAAUGACCAAUUUCCAGCUUGUUUUUAAUUUUGAGCAGAUGCAUACAGUUACAUUGUACCAUAUUUGGAGAGCAUGGUAUAAUGGCUCAUAUACCAUGAUGGCUAAGCCAAUCAGAGCUCUAGAAUUACAUUAUUUAAUGGUUCAGUUUUUAAUAAUAAUAAUUAUCUGGUUUAGACUCCAAGCGUUGCCCUUGUCCAAGAAGUUUAUGGGUGGGGUUGGCUCUCUUGGGGGAAUGCUGGUCAUACCUUGGGUCCAACUUCAUUGAGCAGCUUGGUGGAAAUUAUUGGCAUUGCUCAGAUUUGUUGCGCGGAGAAGUGUUUUCUGGCAUUGACUAAAACAGGGAAAGUCUACACCUGUCAUUACAUUUCCGAGGGACAAGUGAGUGUUUAGUUUUAUGUUCUUGUUAUUAAUUUUAUCAACAGCAAAUACAACUACAUGUACGGUUGUGUACACUGUAGGCUGUGCACGUUUCUAUUUUCUUGGUUAAGUUAAAUGGCCUUUCAUAACGACAUUUAAUGAUAAUCAUAGUAAUUACAGUCAACUCCCGAUAACUCGAACGUUCAGGGGAAAUCGAAAAAAGGUUCGAGUUAUCGGGAGUUCGAAAAAAAUAGCCGACAGUAAGGUAACAAACAGUUUUUACUGCACAGUGAACAUUUUAAUCACAUUUAAUUGUAGAAAUGUCAAGUGAAAAUUAAAAGAUACUUCCAGAUUAUAAAUCAGAACGUAACGUAACAAAACAUAGCCUAAAUAGAGCAUGUGUUUUACUGUUUUGAGAAGAAAAGCUGCUUCACGUUAGCCUGUGACAAUCAACAUCAGCCUCCACUAGUAAACUAUAUACUCCUACAACACGUCAAUAGGAAAUCCAAAAUUCAAUGUUUCGGACACCAGUAGUCGGCUUUUUUCCCAACUUUUUAAGGGCUCAAAACAUGGUUCGAGUUAUCGAGGGUAAAAUUAUAUAUAGAAAAUGACCUGAGGGGAAACGCAAAUUGGUUCGAGUUAGCAGGAGUUUGAGUUAUCGAGGGUUCGAGUUAUGGAGGAUAAAAUUACAGUGAAUGUAUGACGGAAAUCCAGGGGAAAUCAAUUUUGGUUCGAGUUAGCGCGAGUUUUGAGUUAGCGAGGGUUCGAGUUACCGGGAGUCGACUGUAUAGUGAAUCCUACAAUUAUAUUUUCAAUAAGGGGAUAAUUAUGGCAAUUGCUGAUAUUACAGUUCUGCACACAGUGCAGUAUAAAUAUACUGUGUUCAGCAGGGUGUAGGCAUUGGUGACUGGAGAAUUCUCCAUUUACUACGCAGAAUUCUCCGGCCAACGGUCAAUACCCUAUAACUAUUUUUUACUCAGAUGUGGAGCCUCUUUAAGAAAUAUUGUAAAUUUCAGAAAAUAAGCCCAUCCAUGUAUAAGCCCCUCCAAAUAUAAGCCCCCCAAACCGGUAAAGCAAAGACCCUCCGUUAAAUCGCCCCUCCAAAUAUAAGCCUCCUGGGCCUGUACUUAGAAAAUUGCCCUCAAAUACAAAGUAAAACAAUGAGCAAAAACGGUAAAUUUACUUCCAACUAUAAGGCUAGCCCAAUCGAGUUUGAAACACAAAUUUCCCUCCAUAGAUAAGCCCCUCCAAAUAUAAGCCCCUCCGAAUAUAAGCCCCUCAAAAAGGGCCUUUGAAAAAUGUAAGCCCCGGGGCUUAUUUUCGGAAUUUUACGGUAUUCUCCUGCAACAUUACACCUUUCUCCUGCUACUAGAAUUCUCAAUGAAAAACCCUGACACAUAUAAGGGCUUACAUGUAGUAUACAAUAAUUGAUACAAACAAAAUUGGAGACAAUUAUUUUGCUAAAUUUAAGCAAGUGCUAGCUAAUUUAUUUGCCAAACAAAUACAGCCAAAAUUUUCAUGGUUUUUGUACAUGUACGUAAAAGAAAGACACCAGUCUGAUACUAGUAAUUUUUAGAUGUACAUUAAAAUUUUGAGUGACCUUGAUUAAAAAUCAAGCUAUUGAUCUUUAGUAACUGUACAAUUUGUUCUACAGGGCCCUAUGCUCAUAGAAUCUCUAGCUAGAAGAUGUGAAAUCAUUAAAAUUGCUACAAGCCCAGAGUGCAAACAUUUCAUGGCUCUAAGCCGUGAGGGUGAAGUAUAUUCCUGGGGAUCUGGAGAUGGCGGCAAACUGGGUCAUGGAGACAACAAGUAAGAAUUGGGAGUGUAAAGAGAUGGUUUGUUGAUGCCAAAAGUUCUUUGGAAAGCAGUUUCUUGGAAUUAAAACCCCACUAAUUAUUUGAUCUUCAUACAUAAACAUGUGAACAUAAGAAUUGUUUUCUUGUGGUUUUAUUCAUCACAUGACUUUGUUAUACACUCACAGAUCCUUAAUCCUUUCCUUUGUUAAAAAUUAUUAUUAUUUUAUAAAUUAUUGUUGAAUCUCAGGCUUAAAUGGUUAACAUGUACAUUGCCUGGGAAAUUACCCUUGGGAGCAAGCAACUACAAGUCCCUAAAGGUCCCAAAGGAGUCCUUACAUUUGAGUCCCUAAAUAGCCAAUACUUUCCGUAAUAGUCUAGAUGUUCUCAACAGAACCUCCUUCUAGAUCACUUCAAGUCUGAUGGUAAUGUUAAUUAAGCUUAAUUUUCUCAAACAUACAAUGUAUCAGAUACAGCUCCCAAUGCCCGGAUCUCAAUUGGCACAACUGUACUUUUCUCCAGUUCUUUGUCUUUCACUCGUGCAUCUCCAGGUAUAGCGACGUCUAUGAUCUUAGCCUCCUUUGCUUGCUUAUCAACGAAGACGAUGCGAUGUCUAGCCUUCUAGCUUCAACCAUGCUAUCACACUGUACUCUGAAAGCGCAUAGAACUUUAAAACCUGUAUUUUCUACCACUUGCUCUAGGUUAUGUUUGUACCACUGUUCUACUUGUUGCAGUUAGGUCUUCCCACACAGUUGCCAAAUGCACAUAUCGCUCCAAACUGUCAUGUCACCCCUAUUACUCACAUUGAGCUGACUUGCUGCAUUCACUUGUUACGUGACUUACACUUUCUCCUUUCUCUCUGCACAUCCUAACUUAAUAUUGGUCUAAUAUUAUCAUUAUCAUUAGCCUAAGUAAUUGUUUUGUUGCUUACUGUGGUAGUUUUUGUGAUGAGCCAACCUUGAUUACUGGCCUUGCUGGGAAGCAAGUUGUUCAGAUUGCUUGUGGAAGCAGUCACAGUGCUGCCGUGACAUCAGAAGGAGAGUUGUACACAUGGGGCAGAGGAAACUAUGGCAGACUUGGACAUGGUACAGUUGCUUUAUUGAAACAGAGCGAUUUUUGUAUGGUGUUGAAAAAUGGUUUUGGUUAGUGUUCGUUAUUUGUUUUCUCAGCCAAUGGAUGAAAAGGACAAAACAUGGCCUCUUCAUUUUCCCGCCAACGAAAACCCUAAAUAAUUUGGAGUCAGGGCAUUGUUCAAUUGGCUAAUCUUGUUGCAGUAUGACGUCGAAGCGUAUUAUCAGUUGAUCUCUAGAAAGUUUUCGGGAAUGAAGUUUUUCACCCAAACGUUCACUUAACCAACCAAAAGCCAAGUUCAUUUGCAUCCAUUUGAUAAACCACUUACAUCGCUCUGUUGCCGUUCAUUUGUUGUUUCUGUUUUGUUCAUGAAUUUUCAUUUUAAGGUUAUACGAAAAUCGCUUUAUUAUAUAUUUCAGUUGUCAGUUCAUGAUAUGCUUAUGGACAGAAAGAUUUAAUGUAAUACAGGGUGUAUUUUGUGCUUUACCAUAAUUAUCAGAGCUGUAUUAUUAUGAGGUCCCUUAACACCAAACUAUUAAUGAGUUGUAUGUAAUGGCAAAUGCUUUAAUUAAAGCAAGUUUGCUUCUGUGGCCAGGACCUACAGGAAAGCGACUGACAUUAAGGCAGUUUUAGUAUUUUGCAUAGUUCAAAGCAUUCAUUAAGGGCAAAAUUAUCAGCAAAAACAAGUUUGAUUUAUCAGAGACCAUGUCGGAAUUUGUUUUAAACUGUCUUAACAAAUUACAAGUCAGCAAAGCAAAAGGGCAGUAAGAAUCAAGGGGAGCUGUGUCCAUCUGUCCAAUUCUUUCUCCUCCCCCCUCCUUUUCUCUGUCCUUCUGUCAGUCUCUUAUUCCAUCAGUCUGUCCAUUUGUCCACUCGUCCAUUCCUUCCUCUACUCUCCUCUAUUUUUCAAUAACUUUAGUUUUGUUUUGUGAGUCAUAUUGCAUCUUGGGUUUAUCAUUUCUGUAUUUUUUCCUUUUUGUCUAGGGAAUAGUGAGGACCACCUUGUUCCAAUGCUAGUGAGUGGUUUGCGAGGGUACCAUGUUAUAGAUGUAGCCUGUGGCAGCGGGGAUGCUCAUAGCCUUGCUGUUGCUGAUGAUGGUAAGAAUCUCUACACAUUGGUGUCUUCACCCUUUUACUCUAAAUACAUAGUUGUCAUUGACGUAGAAAAUUCCCUAAAAUUCCAAAAUAAUAUCUUUUUGUAAAAUUCUAAUGAAAGUAAAGUACAAUGCAGAAGCAUUGUCAUGUUUAUUCAGAAGUUUGGAUAAAGCUGUUUUUGUUGUUGUAAAAGUUCUGCCAGAAAAGGUUUCAUUUCAAUUGCAGCAACAUGGGAUUUCACCCAUUUAAAGUUAACAACAAUAUAGCCUUGCCCCAUACCUGGCCUUAAAAAGAAAAUGUUAAUUAAGUAGAAAAUAUAUUAGUAUUUGAUGCAGUUGGGUUAGACAGCUGUCUUGUUUAAAGUGUCGCCUCUUUCCUUUACAGAUGUUGUGUUGUGUUCAUGAUUGUUUCUUCAACAAGAUUGAUUGCCAUUAGGAAAAAGCAAUGAUAUAAAAACAGCAGCUAAAGGCUCCAAGAUUGCCAAUCAUGCUUGGACCCACAACCACGAUAUUGAUUUUGACAAUGUCUUCAUUAUUGACAAAGGCAAUUGUCAUGUUACAAAUUAUUUAGUCUGACACACUAUGAAAGUACAUAAUGCUGACAAUAACUCUUGCCUUCUCCCAAGGCAAUGUAGCAUUCUUUUGAACACAAAUUCUUAAAGAAUCCCUUCUUAAUUUUGAUUUUAAUGUAAUUUUGUUCUUUUACAUUUUUAUCACUUUAUAUUUUAGAUUUUUUUUCAUUUUCACAUCAUUUCACUUGUUGAUGAUUGAAUUUUUAAAAACAUUUUUAUCCAGAGAACUUUAUCACAAGCUUUAAUUUGCUUUUUUGUUUGUGAUAGGUACAGUUUGGUCGUGGGGGGAUGGCGAUUAUGGCAAACUUGGUCAUGGUGGUAGUGAUGCAUUUAAAGCUCCUAAAAUUAUUGACAAGCUACAAAGCUUUGGUGUUGUGCGCGUUUUCUGUGGAUCCCAGUUUUCCGUGGCUUUGACAAGGGAUGGGCAAGUGUUGACAUGGUAACUAUUGUUUGCUGUUUGACCCACAUGCCCCCAGUGUUAAUCUGUGUGUGAAAAUUGCCCAUGUUACAACUUGUUGAGCAACAAGAGUAACAACUUUUGUCGAUCAACAAAUUUUAAAACACGCAUCACUAGCUUAAGUGUUACAAAUAUUCUUUAUGUGAACUCUUUUUACAGGGGUAAGGGGGAAGGUGGCCGCCUUGGUCAUGUCGCCGAAGAUCACAUGCGUCAUCCCAAAGUGAUUGAAGCAUUCUCUGGUAAGAAGAUAAUUGAUGUUGCUGUAGGAUCAGUUCACAGCUUGGCAGUCACAGAGGAUGGUGAGGUGUACAGCUGGGGCAGAAAUGAGCAGGGACAGUUGGGUGACACUUCGAAUAUUGCCAGAACAGAGCCUGCCCUUAUUGCAGCAUUAGAAAGCAAGGAAAUAACUGGGGUGGCCUGUGGUCCUGCACAGGUGAGAUUUUUUUUUUACAUUUGUAGAUUAAAUUACUGAGCGGUUCACAGAUGGGACAUCUGUGCUAUCAAACUACUGUACCAAAACAAGUCAAAUGCAACCGAAAAAAUGCUUUCUAUCAAGAAGUUGCUUAAACGCACAAUGUAAAUCAUAAUGUAGUUAUAAUUUAAUUAUUAGCAGUGGUAAUACCUAGGAAGCUGAAGUACUGAAAUUGGUGUGUGCUUGUAGUUGUAAUAACUUGAGAACGAUAACGUAAUGUGAGAAUAAUUUUUGUUAACAAUGAUAUCAUAUUACGCUGUAGUUAUCCAGGGAAAAGAAAGGAAAUGUAGCAUAAGUGUGACACAUGUGCAGAGUUCUUGUUUGGCUUGUUAAGAUGUUGUUUUUGUUGUUUUUCCCUCUGUGGGCUUUCUUUCCUGGAUGAAAUAAUUAAAGUAUUUGUUGCUAUGACAGAUACCAAAACGAUUAUGAUAUUAUAAGAAUUUCUUGGCAUUGAAUCAUGCAAUGUCACACAUAUAAUUCGUUCCCCUAGAGUUUUACAUGGUCAUCAGCUGGUCACUGGAAUGUUGGUCUGCGUCUUCCAUUUUGUCUUGAUGUUUGUAAGAAGACAUUUGAAUAUCUCGAUUCACUCUUACGUCGUGUAAGUGAAGACCUAACAGGAGCACUCGAUUGGCCCCCUCCUCCCCAAGAGAAAGAAUGCAUUGCGGUAGCAGCAUUAAACCUGUUGAGACUACAGGUGAGUGAUCAAUAUUUAUUGGUUUCAGUGAGAUGUAUGCGGUGAUUUUGGUACAAAUGGUUAUGGUGAGUCCUGGGACUCAUUUUGUGAAAAAUCAUGAGUUCCAGUGUAGAGCCAAUGAGUCCCAGUUCAAAAAUCAACCAGUCGUAAAUUGAAAAUGCUGGGGCCUUUACAUGUAUGUAAUCAGACAGUUAAUCUGAAAAGAGACUCCAAAACUCUUGAUUGCAGUUUACUGAAAUUAAAAUAUAAAUGUAGUCGUUCUAUUUAAAGCACAGAAUAGACUGAAAGAAAAUGCAUCGUCACACAACAGCCACAAUAACAGCCAUAGAAUUCUUACGAACAAGAUAUUCUACAAAAACAUCUUCAGAUUGAUGAAUUGAUCUUUGCAUCCUACGGGACGCAUGCCAUUAAUUAUUUUGCGUCUUUGGGAAUAGAAAAGCGAGAAAGAAGAGAGAAAGAAAGAGAAAAGCGAGAAAGAAGAGAAAAGCUUUCGAGAAAGCUUUUUUCCCAUCUUUUCAGCGCCGUACAUUUUGCACCUUCUAUUUAAAGAUUGCCUUUUCAUUUUUAUAUUUCCUUCUGUUUAAUGCAUCAGCGUUGUGGUUCGCUUUGCCUUAUACGGCUGUUUCUUUUGUUACUUUUUAAUUUCCCUUAUGGCCCUCCAUCUACACAGCACUUGCACCUCCAAAAUGUGUCAUCGCUGAAAGCUAUUAUGCACCAUGCGUAUUUUGCUUUUAAUAACUCUGUGACUUUUUUUUUUUGCUCUUCAGCUUCAUGCAGCCAUUACAGGAAAUGUAUCUGCAGAUGAUUUAGGUCUUGGAGUAGGAAGCAAGCUUCUUCAGUCCCUCAAACAACAAGUGGUCACACUUGCCAGUAACAAGGGGGUUUUAAAGACAGUGCAAUCUGCAGCUCAAGGAGCUCUGAGAAAUGGCUGGGUCUUAUUACUCCCAACACCAGAGGAAAGAGCAAGAGCAUUAACUGAACUGCUUAUUGAAAGUAAGUCGUAAAAAGAAUGUUUUUUUUUAUCUGUCCAUUUCUUUGUCUUUUCUGUUCUCUACUCCUCUACCUUCCCUCCAUGUUUUUCGUCUCCCUUGUGUCAUCCUUCCAACCCGCCUCUCCGACAUUCAUUAGUUGCACUUGCCAUUCUAUUGCCCAUCUAUUCAUUCUACCUCUAUCCCUUCUUUUAAUCAACUUUCCACCCAGCUGUCCAUCCAUCAUUUGACCCAUAGCACCGCUCAAAAUUAAGUUAACUUUUUAUCUUUGUUGUGCAUCGAGAGUCACAUUAGGCAUGUCUGUCCAUCUCGCCAUCCACCAGUUUGCAUCCCCUCCCCUGUCAUUGCCUCUGACUUCUCCUUCGGUUCUAUUAUCUUAUCCGCCCAACUGCACCAUGUACAAAGCAAAUUAUACAAGCUCCUCUCUAACUUGAAGUGUCUUUUCUGAUUCUUCUCCUGAUUCUCUGCCAAUAGCAUGCGACAAACCAACAUCUUCGCCAGCUGGAAGAAAGUUCAUGUCAGACCUGCUCAUUAGCAGCCUGAUGGCAGAAGGCAGUCUAGAAUCUGCUCUUGAGACAGCUAUAGAAAAUGAAAUAAAAGAAGGUGCGGGGAAAAAUGACAAGGAGAAAACGUCUGAAACUAAGGACGAGGUUGUUGACGUUCCUCUACUUCAUCUAACGCAGCAACUGCUGAAGACAUCUUCUGGGCAAGUCUUAAGUGAAUUUCAGCAGUUAAAUCUCAAGCCACCUGUUGUUCAGUGGCCGUACAUUCCGCCACCCCGCUCCAUGACCGUGGAACUGCUAUUAAAAUUACAAAGACUUCUUAUAGGAAGCUUCUUUUUACAUCAUGAAGAUGAUAGACCUUGGUAUUUGUUUAAAGGUUAGUCUUUGAGAGUAUUUUGGUCAAGUUCAUUUUUAGCAGCAUCAAGUCCAAUCUUGUACAUGUAGUUGUAGUCCCUUUUUUACCUCUGCCAUGAAAUUCAUUCCUGAUACAUUUGUAUUAAACCUUGAAAAUAAAGCAGACGCUUAGCCUUUCCUCUUUUAGAUUGUUUAAGCACUAGUUGAAAGGGAGAGCAACGCUUGGUGUAGAAUUUCGUUGCAUUACUUUAAGUGAAAUGUCUGCGUGUAUUUCACCACUUAUAGAUGUUCAGAUUCCACUAUCCCACCUUUGCAUCUGUGCUUAUAUCAUCACAUUUUAAUGCCUGAAUGAAUAAGGUGCUUGCUCACGGCCACUAAGAAGCAACUGUAUGUUAUUUAUUUUCGAAGGUGAAGAGAGGGCUCUGAGUGUUAAGCAAUAUGGAGCUACAUUACUGUUACAUAAGUAUGCUACUUUGCUCUGCGCCCAUGUUGUUGAGAUUCUUCCUGUAGCCUCUUCAUUGGCAUCAAAUGGUCCACGGCACUUUGUGGUGUCCUCCCAGAUAAUCCAACGAGAAUUUACAGGUGUUUUACUACCUGAAUUUCUGAGUGCCAUGGUCUUGCUGCAGACUUGCAUGCCAAGUGUCAUGGACUCAUCUAGAACAGUUCCUCUCAUUAGUGGUCUGCUAGACUUGCUAGACAAGUUUAACACGCUAGCCCCUGGCGUGCAAAAGGAAGACGAGGAAGAUUUAGCCUGGCCUGGCGGGAUAGGAAGCCCAACACCAGCUCGACGGAGAGCUGAUAAUGAUAUAACAUUUAUCAGACCUGAAGACCUAGAAAAUCAUAAUAAAGACGGUGGUCUGUGGGUGGUUAUUCAUGGAAAAGUUUAUGACCUUCAAGAUUUCAAAGAUCAGGUACUUUGACUAUUUUGUAAGUGUGUAGAACAGUUGCGUAGUGAAAAGGAUGGCUGUCAAAAUUAAACCAGGAUGAUUUCGACACUGCAAUGGAAAUGCAUGCCUAGCCAAAUGCCAAAUAAGUGCCAUUGCAAAUGAUGUUGUUGUUUCUAUUGUUCUCAAUGGUGAUUGUGGUGAUGAUGACAAUGAUGCUCAUGAUAAUGACAACGAUGACGAUGACGAUGAUGACGACAAUGUUGAUGAUUUUGAUCAUGUCAAAAGUGACGAUUAUAAAAAUGGUGACUAUUGCUGUUAUUUUUUUUUUCAAGGCCCCGUGCGGAAAAGAACGGCUUCAGUCAUAUGCAGGUAAACCUUUCUUGGAAUUAUUGUACAAAGUUCUAUGAUGAUUUUUUUCGGCUCCGCAUAGCGAUAUGAUUUGCAAACCCACCAGCUACACUUUGUAGGAUCAUUUUUCAUGCAAAUGGUUGUGUAGCGAAGAAUUAUAAUUUCGUUAUCGAUUGAACGGAUCUUCAGACGCGUGUUUGACAUCCCCCUAGAUUUUACUUGGCGAGUCACCAACCUCGAAAGGAUAGAACUCCUCCUAUAGAGAUCGGUCAAAUCACUCUGUCAUCUUUGAUUAUUACACUAACCAAGGUCUCCUCUUCUGUCAGUCAAGUGGCUUAUGUCGCGUUGAUUAAGAAAACUACGAGAUCAAAUAGUUUAUGUAGUUUAUGCAAAAACUUUCAGCUUGAAUGAUUCUGGCACUACGAGUUUCUCGUCGCGCGCGCAGGAAACGAGACGCGACUGGUAACUGACUUUUGAGCGGUACUGUAAGUGAGGGUGGGCGUUUUAGACUUGUUGGUACAUGUAUCAACAUGUAUCAUUGGUUUAUUAAUCUGGAGAAACUUAAACAAUGUAGUUAAUGCAAUUGUUCUUUCCUAUUUUGCUCAGCGUCAGAUGCCACUCAAAUUUUUGAGGAAACCAAGCAUUCAUUAGAAGCAAGGGAGAUGAUGCAAGCUUUCUUUGUAGGGAUUUUUGUUGAAGUGAGUGGAAGGAGAAAUUAAUAUUGUAUUUCAUAUCUGUGUAUGUUGCGUGACUUCGUCUUCCCUGAAAGAUAAGCGGUAGUAGACAAACUGCACCGCAUUAUGCCAUUUGUAAUUAGUUUUGCCUCUUUUUUCAGAGCGAUUUCUUGUGCGUAUCCUUCAUAUGAACCUUGCAGAUCAUUUAUACACAUGUUAAACUUAUUUCCAAAAAAAAAUAAAGAAUAUAUGAUCUGCCACAUGAUCUGAUCUGAUCUGCCAUAUGAGCCCUUUUCUCUUCAUGAGUUGAUGCAAACUUGCGUGUUUACGUUUACAUCUGUCCCCUCAAGGACGAAUAUCCAGUCUGCGUUCGUUUCUUUGGUACACGGAGCUAGGCCGAAAAUGCUGAAGUUUGUACGAGUUCUGAAAAUUAAAGGAACGAGUGUGGACAUAACCUGAAAGCAAUUCGGAAAUGUACUAUCCAUCCACUUGUGAAGGGGGCUUUGCUCUCUAUUUCACAGUAUAUGGAGAAAAUAGCACAAACUUUCUGUUUCUAUCUGAUUAUGCAUUCAUGAUUUAAUUCAUUUUAUUGCAGCCUGAUCAAGAGCUUGCCUUGGAUAGUGCAUUAUCAGUAUCGUCACCACUUAUCGAUUGCGAGCGCACUCUUGGCCUACUACUUGGUCUCUAUGCCUGUCACCUUGCCCAAAGUACCCCAGUCACUAUUGAAGAAGAUGAAUACGACAGAUGGUUAACUGCAGAUUUCUUCUCAGGUGGAAUGGAGGCUUCUUCUGCACCUGCCUAUGCCAAAGUUGGAAAGUGAGCUUUUUGGAUUGGGGGCAAUAACAUUCACCACCGCCCCUUCUCACCUACCCUCCCGCCGGGCCCCUCAAACAUCAAACUAGAACCAGCUUAAACAACCAAGAAUUGCUUCCAAGCUUGUUAAAGUUUGUCGUUUUUUUUUGAAAAGGUUCUUAGGGUCUGAAUUGGGAAACAACUUGUCAGUGCGUUGUGAUCACACCUAUUUCUGGGCGAGGAGUGUUCAACAAUUCGUUUAGGUUGGACAAUUGUCCCAAAAGGAGGAGGAGCGAGAGCAUUUAAAGAAACGAAGAAAAGUUAGUGCUCUCAAGUCUUAAAAGCUCCAAAUAAAAGUUCUGACCAUUCUUAACAGGAGUAGAUCCCAUCACCUACAUGUACAAAGGUAAUUUUGGCACCCUUCACUUUAUCCCGUUCUAAACGUCUCUCUCGUUUAUUUCAUCUUGCAGAAAGGAGAAGGAAUCUUCAGAAGACAAGACUGAACCUUUCGCUCGACAGAACUCGCAUGGUGAUCCCGCUAAACCGUUUUUACAGGCCCUGGCUGAAAGUAAAGUGGAGGAUGAUACUGCCUUGAAAUUUCUAGCCGCGACUGAGCGAUUCUGUAAACAAAAACGAAUUGUUUUGCCAAUUGAGUUCCCUGCAGAUCACCCUGUGGAGAAAGUCGGAAGGAUGCUCAUGGCUUGCCUCUUAAAGCAUCAAGAACUUGGUAAAAUGGCUAACAACUUAGACAGUCCCUAUAAUUGGCACUGAAUCCUCCUUUGUCUGUUUCCUUAGCAUUCGUUGGCCUUUUUGGGCCGAGGUUGUGUGUAAGAUUGGAUUGGUGUGGUUCGGGUCGCUUUAUUCGACUGUUUGGGGGCGCUAUCACUUCUGCUGGCCAUUUUGAAGUUGUGCGAGAAACUGGAUAGACUUUUGUCGCCUUGCGCUGUGCAGGAUGCUCUCUGCAUAGUAAACUGAUUGAUUCGAUGGACAUCUAUCUAAACGGACAUUAAGACAAGCACAGACAGACAGUCAGAUCAACAGAAAGACAGACAACAAGAUGUAACCAGUUCUGGGCCAGACCCUUUAAUGCGAGAGAUCUGUGUAGCCUCUCCUUACUCAUUGACCAUUCUCGAAUCCCCUUUAAUAGACUCUGUUUGCCCCAACAUAGGGUAGUGUUUUUAGGUGCUCUUAGUCCUCCCAGGAACAUUCGGAAACACUAGUUCAUGUAAAAUUUGGGGUUGUACAAGUAGAAAAUGUCUUCUCAAUUGUACCAUGACACUUUUCUUGUUUUGUAGGGAAUGCUGCCCUUAGCGUAUUAGAUGACGACGUUUACUCGCCAUCCACGCCUGCUUUAGAUUCGCCUUUGGAUGUACCAAGCUCUACUUCAGACAGUUUUCUAUCACACACCCCUCCCAUUAUCAUACCCAGACCUGUCAGUGAAGUCCUCAAAGUCGUGUACCAGACAAAGUGUGCGCUGUUGAGGGUGAGUUGCAUUCGUAUUAUGAGCCUGGGGCUCCUCCUUUUUCUAAACUUGGGGUAAUUUUUCCAAGAUUUAACAGGGACCUUCACAGGUUGUCCUCGGUAUACUCUGACUCCAAUUGCAAGGAUUAUCAUUGAAUUGAUUACCGUAGUUUUCGAUUGGUUUGCUGACUGCUCAAGGUUAAUUUCGACUUAAGCUAGUCUGGCAACCAAGAGGUGAAGCAGAUGUUCGAAAGCGGUGAAGGUGGUCGUCCUCUUAAUAAUUGAGUGCCGUGGGUACCUCCCUUUGCCCCUGCAAAAAAGGCUAGGCCUUCCCGUCGCUCGGGUGAACAGAUACAAAUGGCGCUCCCAGUGUCCUCAAUUAGUACCCUGUUGCUAAGUAUGUUGAUCCUUAGUUAUCAUCAUCAUCAUCAGCGGCAGCAGCAGCAUCAUCAUCAUCAUCAUCAUCAUCAUUAUUAACAUUAUUAUUAUUGUUUUGGCAAAGAGUGCUAAUAGGCUGAUUCCGUUGAAUUAAAUUGCACACAUGAACAUACCACCCUGAUACCUGUUAACUUUGUAGGCUCAUCAGGAAUCGUCUCGUUCGUAUGAAGAGGUCUGCUCCCCGGCGCUGGAGAGGUGCCAGUUUCUUUUCACAGAGCUUCAUCCUGCAAUGUCCAGUGAGGUGUCCACUUUGUCCCGACUGAGGAUACGAAACACACUGCCUCGCUGGGCCCGAACUGUUCGGCAGAUGAUUCAGAAAAAGAAGAAAACAGAAGAAAAGGAAAAACCCGUCAUUAGAGAAGGAGGAGAAAUUGCUCAUACUGAUGCUGAGCUCCUAGAGGAGAAAGCUGUGAAUGAAAAGGAAAAUGUUGAGCGUAAGAGCAAACAAAAGGUAACCUAAAUUCGAAAGAACUGUGUUUACUCUUCAAAUCAAUAGAACAAAACUUUCAAUUUCCCCUUUCAGUUGUGCAAUUUAUUCAGCAAUAAACAGCAGCAAAGCAAAACUGCACGCUGAGUCGUUACCAUGAGGACCUCACCGACGGAAUUUAGCUCCACACGUGGAAGUAACACUGUAUGGUAGUGAAUAACGCUGUAUAGCUCUGCGUUACCGUGUUAAGCAGUAUGCAACUUUGUGUAGCGGUGAAAAGCCGUGUGUAUCUCUUUAGCCUGCGAAAACAUCCGUUUCCGCUCGCUCUUCGCCGCUGGGGACGUUUCGCGUGGAGGAACGUCUGCGACUCAGCGCCAGAAAUUCCAUACUGAUGACGUAAAAUCUGUCCGGAAUCCGGUAAGAAGCGCUGAUUGGUCGACGGAGUAGUUACAUUGUUUUAGCUAUUGUUUACGAAUGACAGACAAAAGACAAAAGGCCACAAAGGUCAGUCAAUAUUUGUGGAAUAUAGUCUUCUCUAGCAGAAGCAUAUGAGUUUUUCUGGAGCUCGUUGGCAGAUGGACACAACACUUUACCAAAAUCGACCAGAAGACACGUAAAAUUGGACAAAUUUAUAUUUGGAACCCUGUGACUACCGGAUUUAUUAUGUAAAUAACAGUAAACAUUGAUUUGCGUCAUCAGUAUGGAAUUUCUGCCGCUGAGUCGCAGACGUUCCUCCGCGCGAAACGUCUCCAGCGGCGAAGAGCGAGGAGAAACGGGUGUUUUCGCAGGCUGGUAUCUCUUGUGCACACUAGCUUUCUUCACAUUGCCAAUAGAAUAAUUGACCAUUUCCUAGGGUUCUCUGAUGGUGAAGUUAACUACUUUGACUUUCCACGUCCACUAUUAUUUCUUGUAAGGUGCCUCUUCUGAAUCCUUUUGGCGCUUUCCAGUAUAUCAGGCAUAGGUCUGAGUUUAAUCACACGCAAGUCUCCUUAUGAGAUUUGACUGGCAGUUAAUCACCGUUUAGUUUGCCAGAGCGUUUAUCUGUGAUACUUCAUUUCUCACUGUUGCAUAUAAAUAUGUGAACAAAGAAUUCGAUAAAACAAUCGGUUUUGUUUGCGGUAACAUAGAACAGAAGCGGAGCAAACGUUUUAAUUUUUAAUCAUAUAAUAUUAAAAAUUGUUGUUUUGUUGCAGGUGGACCACACAGCUUUAAACACCUCACUGUCAAGUGUCCGUAAAGUGAAGUGGCUUCGUGAGCGAAUGAUUGGCUCCUCUGUAAAGACACUGUUAAUGAAUCACAUUAAAGAGUUCGUCCUUCAUGAUGAGCCAGUGGAUGUGGAUAAGCUCCGAAAAUGUCUUCACAUGCAGGUUAGUAUGUGGUUUGUCAGCUAUUAAUUAUCUACUCUACGGAACUUAGUUCCCCUGUUUCCCUCCCUGGAAGUUUUCUAGGCGAGUAGCGGCAAUAUAUAAUAAUUAUGUAGUAUACAAGGAUGUUGUUGUUGUUUUUUCUAUACUUUUUGUCAUCAUCACCAUUACCCCAUUAUCAUCAUCACCACCACCACCACCCAUCGUUGUCGUCGUCGUCGUCAUCAUCAUCAUCGUCAUCCUCGCCAUCAUAAUCAUCAUCAAAGGUCAUCAUCAUUGUCGUUUCCACAAUAGCAGCAGUCGCAUCGCAUACUCAUUAUGAAUUAUAAUGUCGUCAUUAUUCUCAUAAAUUGAAAUAACUUAAAACGAGCAUUUCAACGCGUGUCUUAUGGAUGUAGCGAGACCUUCAUUAAACUGAGAACGGUGUGCGUGUGUUUAACACGAGGCCUAAUAUUUUAUCCGAUGUUCAGCCACUGAUAAGUAAGUUGAGGGAACGAGGGACUGCCAGGUUUUUUGAACGACUUCAAAGUGACUGGACAUCGGAUGGUACGGUGUGUUAAGUGCUGCAUACAUCUCCUCAAAUAUACAAAAAUUCUCCAAGAGAUGCCACGGUAAAAUUUAUGGUAAUUAAUAAAGUUCUUAGUAAUUAAGGUCAUAUUCUAUAUCUCCUUUACCGCAACAAUUCCUUUGUUCUCUUCAUGAAUUAGUAAUGCAUUGUCUUAUAUUCUUUCCUUUUUUUUUUAUAUACAUGUAGUUUGAGAGAGGUCAACGUAGGCUUGAAGGAGCAGAAACUCUUCUUUCUCUUGUGUCCAAACAAUAUCUAAUCCCGUCCGUUCGUUACUCGAUUUUGUGUGGUUGGCAAGGUCUUCUCUUGACUCACUCGCAAGCGCAGUAAGUAUCAAACCCUGUAAACUCUAAUAUCAGUUAGUGAGAUCUCAACACUCUUCUCUAUUUAUUUCCUAUAAUCAUCGUCAUCAUUAUCAUUAUCGUCGUCGUCAUCAUCAUCAUCAUCCGCAGCAGCAGCAACAGCAGCAUUUUAUUUUUCAUCGCUGUCACCUCCCUCAACAUCUUUUAGAUUAAGCUAGCCUCGUACUGAUUCAAGUCUGUUGAUAUUAGGGACUUUAAAGAGGUACUUUCAGUCUUUAUAGCGAUUAUUCCUACCCACUUACUAGUACUUUGUCAAAUGUAGGCGAACCCUCCCGAAGCUGAAUUUCAAGUCACCACAUCCAAGCUCCAAAAGACAACUAAAAUUUCCCCGUUGCUUACAUUCUCCAUAAACCGCAAAAUUAGGCAUUUUCACGUCGUAGUCGUGCAAAAACAGGAAAGAAAUGUACAAAGAAGCGUGAUGCACGUGCGAAGUUGUUGUUUUGCUUAUUGAACCAAUUGUUUUUCUGACGUUCUCGUUGACGUCCGCGUCGUUGGAUCUUAAAGUCCCUAUUAAGAUCCAACGACCAGACGGCAACGAGAACGUUGCUUAAGAAGUGAAUUUGCGUUCUUUCAGUCUUCAUUGUGAUUAGUCCUACUCACUUACAUGUACUUUGUCAAAUGUACAUGUAGGCUAACCCUCCUGUCGUUGAAUGCAGUUGGAUCUUAAAGUCCCUAUUGAUGUUCUGUGUGUUGAUGUUAUGCUGGUUCAUUUUAGCAACGCUGUUCCGCACUGCACGGCUGAUGUUGGUCUCAUUCCACCUUACGAUCGUGUCAUCCUCGAAAGAUCUUUUAGCAGGAUAAACAGUUGGGCUGUCAACACACUGCGUGAAGCGAUCAUCUUUGCUGACGAUACCUUUAAGAGAGCGGAAUCAAAACCUGACUCUACCCCUAAUGACUUUCAUGGUGGCUUAUCGUUGGGUGCCCUCCCCGUGGCGAGGUUCCUCUUGGCCACACUGGGUAUUCUCACCGCACAGCAUAACGCGAGUGACACGAGUCUCAUACUGAACUCGGGAACCAUCGGCUUGACUCAGACCAUCAUGCGCCUGGCAGGACCCUGUGAAGCUGCAGAGGAAGAGGACUCGAGCCUGGCCGCUAUCAUUGAUGAAGCUAAAGCUACAAAGAAGGCUCCUACUAUACCAAUCACCGGGCCUGAAAUGGCCAAAAGAAUGAAGAUUGGUACUCGUGUGGUGAGAGGUCCAGACUGGAAGUGGGGUGAUCAGGUACAUGCAUAAACCUAUAGAAGCUGCCGAGUUUACUGAAUCGUCGUAUUUGUUUUGGAACAGUUUGUUUGGCGAUGAAAGCAUGCGCGACAUAAGACAAAGCAAAUAUGGGUCAUUAAAGGUGUCCUUUUCGUGGUUAAACUUCGUUCCCUUAAAAUUGUUCUCCGUCUCCGGGGAGAGGAAAAACAUCUCGGCACAAGGAAGAGAACCAGUAACAAACUAAAGCCACCCGUCGUGCGUAUAUUUUAUGUUCUGGUUAAUUACCGCAAAGCCAAAAUGAUCUCCUAAUAAAAUUGCCCUUUAAGAGAUGCUCAGUCUCACAGAGAAUAGCUCUGCAUAGGUUGAGCCUCUGUAUGGGUAUUUCCGAGGAAAUCGAAGUCGCGACGAUCGCCAUUGAUGAUCAGAUUACCAUUCCAAUCAAGGUCGACCAUGCUAGUCGUGCAGUGACGGCAAAGAAAUCCGCCAAAAAGUGUACUGCACGUUCAGAGUUUUUGUGUUGCUUAUUAAACGUGUUGCUUUUUGGUUUGCUCCUUUCCGUCGUCUUUGCGGUUGCGCUGAGUUCGCCAGUAGAGUUACCACGCAAAACAAAUCUUGAAAUGCGACGAUUUUGCCAGACGCGCAACGAAAUUGACGUCCGCAGGUAAACACCCAGAGGUUUCUCUAGGUGAUUGUUCCAACUGAACGUAAACGGAGCUGCUCUCUGUUUUUCGCAGGAUGGACCUCCACCUAGUGAGGGUCGUGUUAUCGGGGAGCUCGGAGAAGAUGGCUGGGUGCGUAUUCAGUGGGACACUGGCAGCACCAACUCAUACCGCAUGGGCAAAGAAGGGAAGUAUGAUCUAAAGCUGGCAGGACCGCCUCCCGUGCCAGAGAGCAGCGAAGAGGAGGAGGAAGACAUGAAAGGUAGAUCUUUUAACUCUAGUUGAAAAGUAAGAUCAAAAUUUGAAUUCUCAUAUGUUGCCCCUGUUCAUUUCCUGCAGAAGUAGUGGGGAGAAGUUGUUAAAAUAUCAAGGAAAUUCGUCUUGUGUGAUCAUGUCCGUAAUUCUCAUGACCACUCUGUUUUACAAAGCAUUGAUAUUACAGGGAGAAAUUUGAUGCUAAUCACUCUUAGGGCUUAAAGGGUGAAAUGUUCAUAUGACCUGCCAGGUCACUAUUUUAGUCGAACAGAACAGACACUUAAGGCACAAUUUUGACUCUUGAUUUCGUUUAGAACUGUGCAAAUAUUGAUCUGCCAAGUAAUAUUCUUUAUGUUAAGUGUUUUAUCUCCCCGGGCAUCAUGUGCAGCGGUAGGUAAAUGGUAAGUACCCAAAUAAGUUUCUCCUUUUUUGUCAGAUGAUUCAAAGAAAGAGAAGACAGAAAUCCAGUCCACCCACCCCACCGUCCUGAUACGUCACUCCUGUGUGUGUUUACUGCAAGCACUGGCCAUUGGCUGUGGUCUCCAUGCCAACAGUUUGCAAAUAGAAAGCGUCAGAACUGUUAGCAGUCUUUUGCGUAAUCUACUGGAUGCAAGUACAACUGGUUAGUAUCUGCUGAAACCAGGCGGUAGUGACUAUCUUCAUUAACUUUAGGGGAUCCUAUUUCAAAAUAAUUUCCGAACCAAUGAAUACUCCAUGAGAAAUUGGAAGUUUGAAAAUCGGACCGUAAUAACAAUCAAAUGUUUACGAACGUUAACGUUGAAUUUCUACAGUAAUUAUUGUUCAUUUUGAAACGCCAUAUCAAACACUCCACUCCAUCCAACAUCCAGACAUCUCGAAGUUAGUCUUUGAAAGAACUCUGCGUUUUUUAAGUAACUUCUCUUUUUCUGGGUAAAAGAUAAAAGCACCGAGCUAAGUGUUCCCUCUUUUCGGCACUUGACUUGAUUAUCGUCUUUGUAAGUCUACUAAUUUGCUCUUUUGAUUCUUCUGACUUUACGACUUGUAGAAACAAAGUGAUGCAAUAUCUUUGGGGAAAAUGUUAAAAUGUAACCGUUAGACUGGAGAUUGUGCCCCGGCUUUUCAAUGGGAAGGUAUCCAAGCAGUCUUCAAAGGAUAAGCAGAAGACAAUCUCGGCUCUAGUUACUAUAAGGCCCGUAAAUCUCUUCCUCCUUGACAAAAUGGAAUGGCUCGUCUAACACUGACAAUUGCUUUCUGUUUUAUUUCCUUAAAAGGCGAAGGUAGUACCGUUGUUAUGGCUCAACAGCACAGAGACUGGGCCAAGCUUGGUUUCAUACGGGGUAUUGCAGUGUCACCGGUCAUUUGCUGCUCCCUCAGUACCCCUCAUUGGGUGUCUCUUUUGCUCAGGGUGGUGAGGGGAUCGCUUCCUGGCGAAGAAACGCUACUUCCUAUUGCGUCUACAGCCAAUUUGCCUCGGCAGGUAAUAACUCGUGUAUUUAUUAUACCCAGCCCUAGAGAAGGUGUUUUCUUAGAAAUCCAAACACCGUGAAAUAUUUCGGGAUUGUGCACCAGUUUUCUAAAACCAAUGAUUAGUUAUUUGGAUUCUUUUUAAAUGCUCUUUUGAAUUGUUUCGGAAAUUUGCUGAAUGCUAAUUAAUUUUUUGAGAAAAAGAAGUGAAACGUUUGUUAUUAUUAUAAACAGAAUAUUGAAUUUUAAGCCGCUUGUACUGUCUUUAAACAUAUCGUAAUGAACGGAUACAGUUUUCGCUGUUUAAUAUUGUAAAAAACGGCAAUUAAUAAUAAUUGGAUGAAGUUGGGCAAGAUAUCGUGAUUUGUCAGUGGUGAGCAGUUAAUUAAUCUGCGAGACGUUGACAAAUCACGACAUUUGGCGGUAACCAAUUUGGCGAUGAACAUGUCUUUUUUCAAUUAUUUGCGAAUUAUUUCACGCAACACCGAUCGCAAGAAGGAGAAAAGCGAAAUACAGCCAGCAGCCAAACACAGUUGGACGACAUUGCGCAUGAACAGACCAUUAUUUGUAGGCAGUUUUGGCAGGUCUAGUCCAAUGAAAAGGAAGAAAAAUUUGCAUCGAAUGAUAACUUGAUUCUGGGCUUCCACCAACAGAUUCUUGCCAUGCGGUUGCUGAGAGCUGUUCUGCCUUCAUGGGAUGUAACAAAGGAAUCAUCCAGGAUGUCUGAAGUUGUAGCUAAACUUUUUGCUUUGCUUGGAAGAGUCUUGAUGACUUGUCACGGAAGUCUGCCUAUUCAACCACCUUCAGGUUUGUUUUGCGUCCGGUUAAAAUCAUAUCUCACUUUAAUCCCCUUUUCUGACCCAGUUGGUUUUGGUCUUGUUUUGAUAGGUGGUAGGUACAGUCAACGUUCGCCUUGCAGGCACCUCGCAUUAAAGAUGUGUAAAUUCUAAGUCGAGAAUGACUACGAGAAGGAGAUUUUCUCAAUGCCUAGUAGCUCAGGGUGUCUAUCUCGUCCUCACAGUCUCCCCCCUCCUCAAAUCUAAGGGCCUCUAUUUACAGGGCCAAUACGGACAGACGCAUAAGUUCAUGGCAAAAAUUCGCAUGUUUGUCCCACUAUAACGGACUCUCACCAUUAUGGACAAAUUUUUCGGACUUGAAAAACCAGUUUUCUUGUUGAAUUUCGUCAUAAAGGUAGUCGAGGGGCAUCUUUUAACAUUUUUAAGACAAUCAGAAUUUAUUUUUCCGUUCUCCAUGAUCCCUUUGUCCUUUGCGAAGGACACCAACGCCAGCUUUGUAGCCUCUCUGGAGUAGAUAAGUUUUUCCUAUUUGUCGAAACAUUUCCCGCGCUGGAAUUGGUUCCACAGGCGAUAAAAAUGUGAACAUAUUUAUCCCCCUGGUGCACAAAUAAAAACCUCGCACGCUGCUACUAAGGACUCUCUAUUAGUGCAUACGGACACUGAUCCGGAAAGUGGUGACGGUGUCACUCGGAAGUUGUUGUUGUUCUUGUUGUUGUUGUUGUUGUUGUUGUUGUUUCCUAUUUUGUUACGUUAAAGAGGUUUAAAAUAUACAUGGACACUUCUAAUAUAUCUUUCUUGUCUCCUAUGUGUGCUUUUCAGGAGAAAAAAGUCGUAAAAGUAAGCGAAAGCCAAGAAUCCCAGCCUCAGUUUCAGCGACAUACAGUAGUACCGUAGCGGAAGAGUUAGUGGCGCUAAUACGCAAGCUCCAUACUUUAGAGGCCUGGAACCCAUUAGUGAACGAGUUUAUCGGUGUUCAGCUGAAAAGUGUCGUUACUAUGGUAACAUCAGACGAGUCAAUUCGAGAAGAACAAAUCACACAGGUUUGCGUUUCUUGUCUUUUGUUACGUCUUUUGUACCGAAAUUGCACGUUUCCCGUAAUUCAUCGUGUCAAGUGCAUCUUGUCCACAACUUGGUGUCUCCAUUCGAAACUAUAAACUUAGGUUAAGCAUUUUUUCGAUAAUUUUGCGCGCAAUUUGGCCAUGUUCGCGUUCGAAAAAAAUCCCUAUAAUUAGACAUCGAACUAAUAAUUUAUUGCAAAUUUUGGCUAGAAUCUUUUUGGGUUUAGUAAAACUAUAAUCUUAGCGAGACUGUUUGCUUUAAGUCAAAGUGCUCUUGAAGGACACUCUUGUCAACGAAAAGCUCUGGUUACUGCCGCCUUAACAACAGCCCAACUGAACUUUGCGCAUCGCGCGUUUUUUAUACUUUUGCUUUCCAGUGUUGUUCGCCAGUAAAAGCGUUGACUGUGUUUCUCUUCAUUCAUCUCUUUGGCUGCUGACUUAAUAUCUUUGGUUGUUCCGAUUUAUAUUUUGUGACAUGACACUUAAAACCAGCACUAAGGAAUUAAGGAAUCCUGUGUUGUUUUGUCUUCAAUUCAGGAUUCUGAGAAGGCAACAGAGGAGCCAGUGAACCAGGGUCCAGUGAUGGCCGUGUUAGCGGUUAUCGGUGGCGUGGACAGCAGGCCUAGGCUUGGGGGAGUGGUGCAGCAUAAGGAGUGGGGAUCUGGGACAGUUUGUAGAAUCGCUCCCAAUGGAAAAGUUACUGUGCAGUGUGAAGGUCAACAGAAGGCUAAGAUAUGCUCGAUAUCACAGGUUAAACCGGUAAGGACGUAAUUGAGCGCAAAUGUUGUGGAUCAUUUCCAAGAGUUCAUGUUUGACACACAACUAAGUGUUGAUUUCCAGUGUCGCUUAAUUUUUACGUGCGUACGUGCGUAGAAUUUACGUUCGGAAAUCAUAAAAAUAGAGGCAAUGCAUCUUCUCGUUCAAGCUCAGCACUUUUUAGCUUGCCUCUAUUUUAUUUACGUUAUUAAAAUUGACGUGCGCUAACGUGCGCAGCCAAACAUGCGUCAGUGGAAAUCAACCUUUAUUUUCUGUAUUUGAUUCAAGCGCCACUUAAACAUACAGGGUUCGCACGCACCUUGAAAGUCCUUGAAAGUCCUUGAAAUUUGAAAUAAAAAGUUCAAGGCCUUGAAAGUCCUUGAAAAUUGUAGUCGGUGCUGGAAAGUCCUUGAAUUUCGGUGCUAACUUUAUCCAACCCACAUUCUCAAGUACCUAAUAUGAAAGACCUUCAGGAUAAAAUUGCUCAUGUUGUAGUAGAACUAAAAAAGACAUAGACUCAAAUCUCUUUUUUGCACUGAAUGGAGUCCUUGAAAAAUGCGAAAUGUGUCCUUGAAAGUCCUUGAAAAGUCCUUGAAGUUUUUGUUCAAAAAAGGGUACGAACCCUGAACAUAGAACUUUACGGUCCAUUUUACAGAAAUAAUGUAGAUUUGUACAACAUUGUCUUUUUAGGUUCCAGUUAUCCCGUUUUCAGCGGAUAAUCUUCCAAUGUCGGAUGCGUCAUUAGGGAUCUGGGCUUCACUUGUGAGACUGGCUGGGACAGGAAAGAAAACUGCGGAAACAGAUCAAGAGGACUUCCAGCUGCCAGCAGUGCCAGGAGAGGAUGGAGUGGAGGGAUCUGCGAGAUGUCCCCCUGUUAGACCACUCAUCCCCGCUAAAAUGGGUGGUAAGUAUACGAUGAUAGGGAAAAAUGCUUUUCUCUGAGUGUCGCUUUUAAAGCACGCAGAACAACAACCGAAGAUUGAGUUUACAGUGCUCUCUUGUUGUACUCGAAGUCACGGACGGACAAAUUAAAGAAGAUUGAUACAGAUCAAUAAUUUAGUUUUUCAAAAAACUUGUUAGCCUAACAGUUUUCCAAAUUCCAUUUUUCGUGUUUGCAACGCUGGAUAUAAUGCGACGCCUUGUCGUUACUCCGAGAGUAGCCGCUUAAUGAAGAUUCAACUGUAUUUCAUUUUGUUUCCGUUUAGGCGAAGAUGUGGACACGACACUGCUUAGACAGCAGCAGAUUACCCUUGGUCUUCUUAAGGCUGCUCGUGUGCUCUGCAGUAGGCAGGACAACUUGAGGCAAAUCCUUAAUCAUCAGGCUGAGAGCUCAGAUGGUGGCAGCAGCACAUUCUCCUUGCAGCAACUUAUGUGUUCUGCUAUCAAACCUUCACCUAUCAAGGCCCUCUUCGAUAGGGAAGAGUUAGAGGUACAUUUCAGCCUUAAGCAUUUACAGUCGACUCUCUCUCUCUCUCUCUCUUAGAGGACCCCUCUGUAAAACGGACACCUAGAGUUGGUCCCUUUCUUUCUUUUCUUCCUUUAUUUGACUCUCUAUAAGACGGACACUAAGUACCGUUCCCAGAGGUGUCCGUAAAAGGGAGAGUUGGCUGUAUCCUCUAAACACCAAAGAUCGGUUAUUUGAAUGAAGUCGAACUUUGGCCGCGGUGUAAGAAAUCUUUGGACCUCCAGGUCUCUUCCUUAGUGAGUUAUUUUAAAAAGAUCAGUGCCUUUGUAGUCUUUGCUAUAUUCUCUCAUGAAAGUGUUCACGAUAAACGGUGAUCAGAUAAAAGCGUUGGACAAAUUGAAAAUGAAUAAGAACGCUGUUUUGUUCAACACUGGCUAAACUCCGUAUAAAAAAUGCCCCAAUGGUGGCAGAAUUCCAUUUCCACGAUGACGUCAUUCUACUAUCACUACCAGAUCCCUUCAAAUUUUUAAUUUCUUGUACAAAUUGUAUCUUUCUUAUUUGAACCUCGCUGGGAUUACUGAAUUAGAAGCUGAAAGGAGAGACGAAAUGGAUUUGCGUAGAAGGCAGUAACAUUUGGGCAUCGUAGAAGUUGUCUUUUGGAACAUAGUGGUUUCCUAGGCCACUUUGAGUUUCUAGUUUGUUAUGUUUGGCUUGCUACGUUGUUAAAUAACGUAGUACUCUUGCUUUGAUAGUCACUAAAGUAUCCGUCUCUUGUGUGACUCAAUCUGUUUGAUUUUACUUGUGAAUCAGGCCGCAGCCCUGGCUGCUUGUCAAUUCCUUGCCAACGAGGCAAGCCGCCCAUCCGAGCCUCCAACACCAGUUGUGUCAGAGACUGGACCCGAGCAAGAGAGGCCCCCACCCCAGUCCUCCACCUCCAGGAAAACUUCCAAAUCAAAGCAUUUGCAGAAAAAGAAGGCCCGAACAAGGAAGCCCACUCCACCCCCUCCCCCACCGUUGGUGCAACAACUGGUAGAAAUGGGAUUCUCUAGAAGCCGUGCGGAGUAUGCACUGAAAGAGCUGGCGGAUGAGGAGGAGCCCAGGGCCGAGUUAGUUGUAGCUUGGCUUAUUGACCAUCCUGAUAUUGAGGUACGACUCAAUGGUUUGGUCAUAAAUAAACUCAAGGCGAUAAUGGUAACGCUUUAAUAUGGAAAGAAAUUUAAUUAAACUGUUGAAAAAUUCUUGGCUUAGGUAGGGCUAAGACCCGUCUGUUGGUUUUUUAACUCUGAAGCAAUAGCCCCGUCCACGGUUUUUUACAGACGUUUGUAUGGUGGGGGGUAAAUUUCCCCCCCCCUUCCUCCAUACAAACGUCUGUAAAAUUGUGCGACCUUGAGGAGUUAUAUUUUCGUUAGUUUUCAACCAAUCACUUUCUAACUUGGCAGUUUUACUAAUUUCCAGCGGAGGUGACAGAUUUUCCCUAACUUGUGCUCGUCAAAAGUUGAAAAAACCGUGGAAAGGUCUACUCAUCCUGUGAUCAGAGCUAGACUUAACCUGGGAACGUCCGCAGUCUCCUAAAUUCAACCUGUAAUCUGAUGAGUGGCGUACUUCAAUAUUAAAUAUGGCUCGCUACAGUGUUCAAGUAUUGCAAGUAUUGCAACUUCAGUUGAUCACAAAGUUGAACCCUGUGUCAGUUGACUUACUACCAAGAUCGUUUGACGAUAUUUCCUUACAUUGCUGAAUCCUGUUUUAGGAAAGCAAAACUGAUCUUGGCUAUAAUAGCGAGUCAGUAACUGAAAGAGGUGGAUAUUUACUAUUUUUUGUUAUUAUUGCACUUCGGUUGACAGGUUCCUGAGCGCCCUGACCGACAAGAAGCGCCACCAGAGUUAUCAUCCAGCGAUGACUCCUCAGACGGUGAUGAUGAUGAUGAUGACAGCGACGCAUUGUCCACCAGCGACACAGAUAGUAGCUCAAGUGAAGGCGAGACUUUUGCUCUGCCUACUGAGUUCAAGCGGCGCAGUGAUCUGUCCAGUAACGAUGAAUACGCGCGGUAUGUUCGAGACAACAUACAGGUGGGCAUGAUGGUGCGCUGCUGUAGAACUUAUGAGGAGGUGCACGAAGGAGACGUAGGGCGGGUUAUCAAGGUACGUGCUUCUGUUUUUCACGAAAGCUUGCCCAUUGUGUUGGUAUUGCUUGAUUUAUACCAUUACAUUUUAGGACUUAAGCCUGACGGAUUUCCCUAUGAUAAUCCGGAUCGCCUUCAUCGCCUUGGUCUUUUUGGACGAUUAUGACCGGAUAAUUUUAUGACAACCAGCCCAUGUCGGAUGUCUCCACAUCAAUUGAAUCCCAAAAACAAUAGUGCAGUAAAUGAUGGUCAAAUAAUGGUACUUUUAACAGUAACGAUAGGCGUUAGAGACCUUUAGCAUCAGGUAAACUGCAAACCGCAAACCGCAGUUACGCGUUUGCAGUUUCGCGUUGCCGAGGUUUCAAACUUUAGCAAGGCGUUCAGUUCAGUUCAGUUCAGUUCACUUUUAUUUAGCCAAAAUACAAUACAGUACAAGAAUACAUAUAGGAAUUGUAAGGUUGCGAGGGAGCCCAGAAGAAACCAGAAGGCUUUAUGAAGCCUGAGCUCCCCAGUCUAAAAGAAAUAAGCAAAAUAAAGUGAUAUUCGCGGAGUGAUACGUUAAAAAUAGGAACCAAACAGAGACUGAGUUAAGUUAUGAAUUCAGUAACAAGAUAGAAAAAAAAUUAACUCUGGAUUGGAAAAGAAUACUUUCCAUUGUUAGUACGGCAGAAAGGAAUAUAAAAUUGAUUUAAACUACGCGUUCAUUGUUUAGGGCCGCCAUGUUGUUUUCAUUAAGUCGAAGUGCAUCACUUUAAUCGCCCAGAAAUCAGCAAUAAUUCAUUGAUUCGAGAUCAGAAAUCCAACAAACACAUCGCAAACGGAUACAAAAAGCUAGUUCAUACCUUUAAAACGCGAGGCUGUACAAUUGUUUGUAGCAAAAAACCUUGCCGUAAAUCACUUACCGCUGGAAGCCCUUCCUGCGGUUCAAACGUGAACUGCAAACUGCAAACUGCAAACGUGACCGCAAGGCCGUGGUCACGUGACAAUUUGCGGUUUGCCGUUUCCCACGAAAAACCUGAUGCUAAAGGCCCCUAUUGAAACUUCAGUUUCCUGUAAUCCACUAAGUCCUGCCCCCUUCCCCACCCAAAUCACCAUGCGGCAGAAUAGUAUCCGCUAGCAGUCUCCAUAUCUGACUCCUUGAGUGAAAUCGUUGAGUCUUUGUGUCAUUUAUUUCAGCUCGACCGUGAUGGUCUUCACGAUCUAAACGUACAAGGAGAUUGGCAGAAAAAGAACGGAACGUACUGGGUGAGAUACGUGCACGUGGAGCUGUUAGGACACGACUCCUAUGGUAAGACUGUCUGUGUUUUAAGAGAUUCUGAGACUUUGAUAUGCUAGGAUGUAGGACUGCAGUUUUGUUGUGGGAUUCAGGUAAUUAUAAAAUCUCACUAUUUUUGCUCUUUUGCAGCCCGGCGUGAGCUGAUCAAAGUUGGUGACCGUGUACGGGUCAAAGCCUCCGUGACCACGCCCAAAUACAAGUGGGGAUCUGUGAACCAUGGCAGCGUGGGUACUGUGGUGUCUAUCAGUCCAAACGGUAAAGAUGUCAAGGUAGACUUCCCACAGCAAACCAACUGGACUGGGCUAAUCGCUGAGAUGGAAGUCGUACCUGCAACACAUCCUCGCAUAAGGUGGGUGGUUUGAAACAGACGAUGUCCGAGUGUUGACGAAAACACAUAACAGAAUGGUCAUUAGAGAUCGCCGGCGUAAAUCACGGUUGUUUUUAAAAUGAGCACUAUUCCCUCGACUUUCAUUUCAAGGUCUCAUUAAGCCUCCCACCACUUUAUCACAAGUUCUGAAUGAACCCCCCUCUUUUAUCACAAGUUUUGAACAAGGGUCCCCUGGCCCCUAUCACAAGGUCUGAAUGAGUACCUUCCCCCCUCCCCCUUAUCACAGUCUGGAUUAGCGAUCCUUUCGUUACCUAUAACAACGUUGCUUGAUGAGAAACCGCUGUCUCUUCUUUGAACUGUUUGUCUUAGGUGUGAUGGCUGUCAUAUGGAGCCGAUCGAAGGUCCUCGCUACAAGUGCAAGUCAUGUCCAGAUUUCAACUACUGUGAAACUUGCUUUAGACUGCGCCGUAACCAUCGCCAUUCUUUCCACCGCUUUGAGGAGCCAAGCAGUAUCCCGGUCAACGCUGGAAAAGCUGGCCGGGGAAAGAAAAAGGUAGUAUCCGGGGGAUUUAGUGGCCCGGAGCAUAUCGUCAAAGAAUGGGACCGGCUGGUAAAGAACCUUACGGUGUCCUCGCGUGAAAGCCAAGCAGGCAGAUUGAUUGAUGGUACGGAGUCGUAUUGGCAGUCUGCAGGAUCCCAGGGAAAGGUAAAAGCUUAAAAACGUAUAGGGCAAACUGUAGUCUGAGAGAAGAGCCAACGUUUCGUGACGAUAACAACCUAUCAGAAGCACUACCCAGAUCUGGGUAGUACCACGCUAUCAGAUGUCAUUUCGCUAGGAAGGAAACCCGUUGGCGGGGUCGUGAAAUGUCGGCAAUUUCCUCAGGCUGGGCAGACUCCAGGUUUUUCUUUUUCCGUUUUUCUUUUCUUUUCUUUUCAUUCUUCCUCUUCUUUUUCAUUUUAACUCGGCUUCGGAUUUCAUGCAUAGGUUAGUGUCAAAUUACAGCUAUAAUACUAGACAAUCUGCACCUGUCUGCUCCAAAAGUCAUCGUGCCGAUAGCCAGCUCGCUUGUGCCAGUUCGGGGCAAAUUUUGGUGGCGGCGGCGGAACGCCAUCCCGCGAGGAAUGUUCUCGUGCGAUGGCGGCUUCGUCGCCAAAAUCUUCCCCGAACUCGCACAAGUGUAUACCCUAUUCCUUGAUUUAUCAGUGGCAGCCCACACCUGACAGAUUGCGAAAGUCUGCUAAGCUCAUCAAUGGAAGGGAUAACCUCCUACGCAGACUUUCUCAGGGUUUCGUCACGCGUUCCUUCCCCACAGAGGAUUGCGUGACAAUCCAAAAGAACGUCUGCGCGGAGGCAAUGUAAGAAAAGGCUUGUUACCUCUUGUGUCCACUUGUGAAUUUAUAAUUUAUUUUGUUUUCUCUUAAAACAGCACUGGAUACGUAUGGAGCUGUAUCCCGAUCUUUUAAUCCAACGGUUGACCAUGAAAGUGGAUCCUUCAGACAGUAGCUACAUGCCGUCUGUGGUGGUCAUUUCAGCUGGGGACAGCAUUCAGAUGCUGAAGGAAAUUAAAACUGUUCAUAUCAGUGCCACGGAUUCCGUAGUCACCCUACUCGAAGACGCCCCAGAGGCGAGUGUCGUUUUUGUGCUUAUCAUUUAAAUACUGAAAAUAGAUUCUACCCUUUCCUCCCAAAGUCGUCUGUGAUAUGGGGGAAAAACUGUCCUGAAAAAGAGGGUCAACCUCCCAGCUGAGUGAGCAUAAGCAAACGUUUAUGAGGGAACAAAUUUGACCCCUUCGCCCGAGGCAGCAGCGCUCGCGCAUGCUCAGAUUGUCUCGCCUUGACCGAGUUGACCCGACUGGGCGAGCCAAAUUGUUUAUAAGGAAAAAAGUUGGGCCAUCUUGGAGGGUGACCCUACCGUCGAAAAAGGAUGACCAGCCUUCUGAACGAGCCGACUUUUUGUUCCCACGUAAAGGUUUGCCACGCUUUGUAAGGAAAUGUAGGAAAAGUUGGCUCGCCUGAGGUAGCUUGGGCAGGCGAGUGACUCUUCUACCCAGGAGUUCCAUAUACAGUAAACGGGCCCUGACUCGCUAACUGUUGUUACAUUGCAGGAAUAUCGCUUCUUGGAAAUCGGCAUCCGCCAGUGUAAGAGUAGUGGUAUCGAUUGCAAGAUUCAUGGAAUCAGUCUGACGGCUCGUGCUAAAGCGGAUGAAGAUGAUAUGGCUGCCAGCUUUUCCUUCCUAGCGUUAGACGAAGAAGAUGAAGCAGCCAGACGGAGAAGAGCGCUGAGGAGAAAGCCUGCAACCACCGUGGAACCAACACCGGAGGGGCAAGUCAAGGUGUUUGUGUGGGGUCUCAAUGACAAGGAUCAGUUGGGAGGUCUGAAAGGAUCCAAGGUAGGUCGACGUGACGUUACUGGCCUAAUAUGCAAUGGAGGUCAAAAGUGUUGGGACCUUUCCAGUGAUAUUAUUUAAACUAAAGACCUCCCACUCUUACAACAAACAGUGUUGAAUCUUGAACAAACUGGGCAGAAAUGAUUCCAUUUUUGGGCACAACAUUCCUGUAGUGGUAGGAGUGGGUGAAGGGAUGAAGCGAAGCCGAUCAAAAAAUUGUGAUUUGGAGCAGACAGAGGCCUAUGUAAGAAGCCCUUGGAAGGGUUUUUCCACAGUGUCCCAAGUUUUUUUACCUCUGUUGUAGGUUGCGGCUGGAGUAGUAAAGGGCCUGCGUAUGUAAACUUGGGGAUUGAAAUGGUACAUGGGAAGUGUUAGUUAAUAUGGGACACUGCUUAAGUUAACAGAGGACACUGCCGGUAAAAUGAAAAACAUACCUGUUUUAAAUAGGAGAUGAAGUGAGUAGUUUUUGUGAAGGACAUCACGGGAUUUGUACUUUAAUGGGACAGCGUAAACUGGCGAGCAGAUGAAGAAAAAAAUGGAGAUGGAUAUUGUAUAGUGAGCGAAUAAACUAUGUGAAUGACUAGGACAGGCUUAACUAGAAGGAUGUGACUGGCUUAUUUCUGACAGCAACUAAAACCAGAUAGGACGUCUUCUUUCCAUCUUGAUAGAACUCGAGAAGAACUAUCAGCUUCCCAAACACUGAAAAACUUACAAAUGUUUGAUAAAUGACUUUAUCUCUUUUUAACCUUAUUAUUUAGAUCAAGAUGCCAUCAGUGUCCGACGUUUUAUCGAGUCUUAAAGUCAAGCAAGUCAGUGGGGGCUCAAAAAGUUUGUUCGCUGUAACCUUGGAAGGCAAAGUGUUCGCUUGUGGAGAGUCCACUAACGGCCGUUUAGGUCUGGGACCCAUUUCCGGUAACGUGCUUGUGCCCCGACAGAUUGACACUUUAAGUCCGUUCGUGGUAAAGAAGGUUGCAGUGCAUUCUGGGGGACGACACGCCAUGGCCAUCACAAUCGAAGGAAAACUGUUCUCUUGGGGAGAAGGAGAAGAUGGAAAACUUGGACAUGGCAAUAAAAUGUAAGAAACGGCGUUAGUAUAUAGUAUACGAGAAAAGUUAAACACUUAGCGUACGGUUUGUCAUUUUUUUCAGUUGACAGGUUAUUUUUGUUGCUGUUAGGAAUCAGUGCAUUGAAUUUUUUUUUCCUAACCCUCUCGUAAACUGCGAUGAUUGCUCCACUGAUUAACUGAUUGAUUGAUUGGUUGAUUGAUUGAUUGGUUGGUUGGUUGGUUGGUUGAUUGAUUGAUUGAUUGAUUGAUUGAUUGAUUGGUUGAUUGGUUGGUUGGUUGGUUGACUGACUGAUUGAUCGAUUGAUGUUUACGUGCCUUCGUUCAUGUAUUUAUUUUUUGAUUAGUGACCACGGGGUUAACGUACUCUUUAACACGGCCUUGACAACUAGCACAUUAGUUGUUGGAUACAGUAGUUUUUUUAAGUCCUCAGCUUCUCCCUAUAGGCACGCCUUUAUCUCACCUUGUUUCUUAGCUCUUAUUUAGUUACUGCUUCGUUACCACUCUUUCUAGUUUCAAAGAAGAUUUCUUUUUAUUUUGCACCCCAGAAAUUACGACCGACCGCAUCUUGUUGAGGCGCUUAAAAGCAAGUUUGUUCAAGAGAUUUCUUGUGGUAGUUCACACAGUGCAGCUGUCAUGUCUACGGGUGAACUCUUUACCUGGGGCCUUGGUGAAUAUGGCCGUCUGGGGCAUGGAGACAACCAAACACAACUAAGGCCCAAACAGGUAAGGUGUGCCGCAAAUAGGAAUGGUCUUGCAGUUCUGUAUACAGAGCAGUUCGGCUUACUCCCUCAAACCCUACGAAGUACAACUGGAACGACUGUAGCUUAUAGAGUGUUUUCACUCACGUGGCCAGCAUCUAUGCAAAUUUACUGGAACAAAAGAAAGCGUUUGCAUAAGAAAGGAGUUCAACUCCCACAGGACUGGCUUGGGACACCAACAUGGCCGCCGUUUAAUUGUUUUGGGACACCAAUAUGGCCGCCGUGACGUCAUGUGAAAACACUCUAUUUGAAGGCUGCCUUUUAGAGUCGUGCUUUGAAGAUAUGCCUAAAUUUAGAUUUUUACUUUGAUUUGCCUUUUUGCGUCGAUUACGUUGAUUGUAGCUGUUACUAAAUAACCAUUUUUUCUUAAUGGAGAGAAUAAUAAAGCCAUCGUCACUGUAUUGGCCACUCCAGAAAAUACCAUAACAUACCAUAAUGCUCUUUGUUUGUCACCCCAAAAUUUUGCGUAAGCAUUGUUUUCAGUUUCUCUUGGGGCCAUUUUAACUCCCAAGAGAAACUGAAGACAAUGCUUAUGCAAAAUUCUGGGGUGACAAAAAAAGAGCAUUAUGGUUUGUUAUGGUAUUUCUGGAGUGGUCGAUAACGGUGAAGAUCUCUUUUUAGUGGUAACUCUGUCUUGCUGUGAAUAGCUGUAUAUUACUUCGAAGAAGCGAGGUGUAGCAUAGUAUUACGGUUUAUACCUUAGUAAUUUCAGGAUUUUCACAGGCGAUACAUUUCUGCUAUUACUCAAUUUACACUUUACCGGGGUAUUUUCAGGUUCGCUCUUUGUCAAAUCAGCAUGCAAUAGACGUUGCCUGUGGAAGCCGUGACGCCCAGACCCUUGCGCUCACCAGCGAUGGUUGCGUUUGGUCGUGGGGAGAUGGAGACUUUGGAAAGCUGGGGCGAGGUGGAAGUGAGGGCUGCAGUGUACCUCAUGUAGUAGAGAAACUCAAAGGACAGGGCGUCUGUAAGGUUCUCUGUGGUGCCCAGUUCUCUCUCGCCCUCACAAAGUCUGGACAAGUGUGGACCUGGUAAGGAAUGGAAAUAAGUUGUAAAUUUUAGUGUAUAUUUUCCCUUUUAUUGCGUUUUAUACUCUGGAUUUUCUUCGGGUAUAAUGUAUCCGUCCGGUCCUGUACUCGAAAGUCAAUGACGCAUGGUUUUUUGAUCAACAAGUGCUAAAGCUGAGCCCUUGUCUUUUUAACGUCGAACAAUGACAAUGAAUCUUGAGAUUUACCAGGCUUUGUUCUGACUAAGGAGCGAGAUUUUUUCCGGCGAAGUUCAAAGCUUUAGGUGUUAAAUUUGCUUCUAUCUAUUCAACAAACUAAAAGAAGGAUAUUGAACCUUAUAUCAUUUACUAAAUUAUUCAUCAUUUCCGCUGGCCAACAUACCGUAAAAUUCCGAAAAUAAGGCCCUCUAUGUAUUAGCCCCUCCAAAUAUAAACCCGUCAAAAUCGUAACGCAAAAAACCCUCCUUUUAAUCGCCCCUCCGAAUAUCAGCCCCCCCGGGGGCUUGUACUUAGAAUUUGGCCCUCGAAUACAAAGUAAAACAAAGCAAAAAUGGUAAGUUUCCCUCCCACUACAACCUAGCCCAAUCGAUUUUGAAACGCAAAUUUCUCUCCGUACAUAAGCACCUCCGAAUAUAAACCCCUCCAAAAAUAAGCCCCUCAAAAAGACCUUUGAAAAAUAUAAGCCCCGGGACUUAUUUUCGAAAUUUUACGGUACUUAGUGAAACAAAAGGGCUUUUUUUUCAACUCGGCAUAUUUACUUUAUUGAGGAUAGCUGGCUGCAGUUCGUCUUGAACUCUGGUAGAUGGUAACCAUUAUGAUCGAAGAGAGCUAUGCAAUAUCAGACACCCUUAGUACCCGUGUUACAUUUUUGUAGGGGUAAGGGCGAUUACUUCCGCCUUGGCCACGGCAACGACUCCCAUGUCCGUAAGCCUCAAGUGGUGGAAGGUCUUAAAGACAAGAAAGUUGUGGAUGUCGCUGUGGGAGCUUUGCAUUGCCUGGCUGUUACAGAGCAAGGACAAGUGAGUGAAAUCUAUGAUUUCUUCCUAAUCCGUAGAUACCAUCUUCCGUACGUGAAAUUUGCUUGGCGGCGGUGCAUUGACAGGCAAGAAUAAAAACUAGCAUUACGAGAGAGUACUGAUUGGCAGCUUUCAUAGACUCAUAAAAUAAGAGUUCAUGUACUUUAAGCUGAAACACGAGCAGCAUUAUUUGGAAGCUUAGCUCAGUAGCAGGCCACACUGUAGGGUCUCAGUAUCACAUUUUAAGGUUGAAGCCAUACGGCAGAACAUGACUAACCUCUUGUUACAACAAUGCUGCUCAAUAGAAAGUCACAAAUGAUAAUAUUUACCGUUGUCAACAUACUGAACGAGAUAGAGGGAACUGACUUGUUUUGGUCCUGAUUUCUCUGACGGACACCAGGCGACAAACUUAAAACUCAUACAAAACGUUUUCGUAGAAAAGUCGAUAAUGACCGAUAGUAGUUUUGUCAUCGAAAUGUCAUCAUCGAUAGCGUGCUCUAUUAGUCACAUAUUAAAAUGUCUUUUUUUUUCUGUUUUGACACGAGGUUUUUGCAUGGGGUGACAAUGACCACGGUCAACAAGGGAAUGGUACGACAACGGUAAAUCGCCGCCCACAGCUGGUCUUAGGACUAGAAGAUUUUAGAAUCAAUCGAGUUGCGUGUGGCUCCUCUCAUAGUAUGGCCUGGGCCGAGUCUGACUUCCCGGCACCCGCCACGCACGAGCCUGUCAUGUUUCCAACUUCCCGAGAUCCACUGGGGGCGUCUUGCCUCAGCCCAGACUCCCAAGAGCAGAGUGCUGCAGCCGAAGCAGAAAGCAACGAGUAUGGGGAACACAGACACAGACCUUCUUUGGCAAAAAUCGUGCUUUCGCUUAAUUCUAAUUACGAACGCCAGCAGGCGCUUGGCCACAUUCUGACUGCCCUGCAAAUUAUUUACUCGCGUGAUGCUGUAGUUCGAUCGCUUAUGGAUCCGCAUUCCUUCAUUCGAGGCGACUCCAAACCUUCAGAUACAGAUGAUGACGCCGUGUCCUUGGGUUCUGGUUCGGAAGCCUCCCUCGAUGACGCUACCUUAACGGCAGUGGCGAGUUGUUCUCGGAAGUCGUUUAUCGAUGGAGUGGACGAGUUCACCAUCAGCCUUGGUCAAGAUGAUUCGCGACUUCUGGUGGAGCUGUUGAAGCUUGCUGUAGCUGAUAGAGCUGGUGAAAACGGUAGAGAGGUGCUGUCUGGAGUCCUGAGGGCUUUGGCACAAACGAAACCAGAAGUGAGUUAUUCAUUGUUAAUGUAAUUUAACCGCGAAAUCUGACCCUGUUAUAGAACCCUUAAGGGCCCUCAGAGCUGAAAACAAGCAGACAAAAACAAAAAAACAGACUUACCGACUCUUUUCGUACAUACCUGAUUCAAUAAAGGCUGCUUUGGGCACUGGGAAUUAGCAAUAGUUGGCCAUUGGCCAUUUGGGCAUACGGAACUCACUGCCGUUAUUUGCUGCAAUGAACACCAAACAAUAUGUGCCCACUGCGCAAUUCCCAAUGUCCGAAGCAACCUUUCUUGAAUUAGCUUUAUGUUCGCAUUCCCCGCCAUUCUAAGGGUCCGCUACAGUAUUGUGUUAGGAAAUUGUGAUGAAAACUGCUACUUUGACUUGCAGAUAGCUUCGAUGCUCCUUGAGCUGUGCAUCACAGAGCUAGAGGACGUGGCUACAGAUAACAGCAGUAUACACAGUAACUUCCAACCCGUGGUACAGGAGAGUAGCCAUCCGUACACAGACGAUACUAACACCACUGGAGUGGUCAAGAUACCAGGGGCGGAGGGACUCAGGGUCGAAUUUGACAAACAAAGUUCAACUGAGAGAAGGUAACUUCCAAGCUUCCGUCAUUUCCUCAGCUGUGUUGUAAAUAUUUACAAAUCAUUGAAUGAGGCUGAGUAAGAAUCGAGAAGAUCGAUGCAGAAGGAGAAGGGUAGAUAAAAGAAAUCUGCACAACUCUUCAUAUCAUACGAAAGCCGAUCAAUAUUACUGUUAUUAUUUUAUUUUAAUUUUUUUUUAUCAUUCAUUCAAAAUAUUUCUAAGUUCUUAACAUCCUUACCUCCUUCUAGAAUCGUAUUCUUGUAUUAGUUCAGUUCAGUUUUAGUUUGUAAUUCUGCCAUUUCGUCUUCGGACAGCCGUAGAGCCUUCCGCCAUUUUCUUGAUUUCUGAGCUCACCAAAACAGCUAGGUUACCGCGCCGCUGCCCGGAAGCAAACUUGCGAUGGUUCAUUUUUGGCAAUACACCAUCGUGUCGAUAGUAUAUUUCCGCAUCUUUCAACUUUGGUCAGCGCCAGCUGGUCAUGAAGAAUCACCUGGGGUAUUAUAGCCAAUAGAAAUGGUAAAAUAAUUUGAAUGAGAUGGAACCUGUUUUACCACUGAAAGGAUGUUUGACACCAUAUAGAACAAGUCGAGCCUAGCCACAACGUUCAUGCCAUCUUAGGGGGUCCCAUUCCUGAAGUCCUUUACCUUCUAGCGCACAUCCUGUCUUUUUGAUAGAUUCCAUUUAACGGUGCGACUGUUCGAUUAUAGAUCACAAGUGUCCUCAAAAUGUUAAGAACCGUCUGAUUUCUGAUCGACUCGACGGAAAUAGCGCAAACACAAACAUGAACAGAAAAUACGCCUUUUGCACUUGUUAAACCUUUUCCAAGGCCUUUAACUUUACGCCCCGUUCGGAAUAAUCUCGUAUAAUGUGAGAACAGUUAAAAGACCGUUCACAAAAAAAAAAAAAACGAUUCUUCUGUUUCAUGGUCAUGACCAAUCACGGCUUACGUAGUAUUCGGUUCAUAGGAUUAUUACUAAUAACGAAAUGUUUCUUUUAGGCAUGAUCCGCUGACCAUUAUGGACAGCACUGGACGUGUUGUCUCUGUCCGUUCUGGCCGCGAGUGGUCUGAUUGGUCGAGUGAACUGCGCAUGAGUGGAGACGAGCUCCGUUGGAAAUUUGUCAGUGACAGCUCAGUAAAUGGCUGGGGCUGGCGUUUCACAGUGUAUCCAAUCCCCCCAGCUGCCGCUCCUUGCGACGUAUUAUCGGACAGAGCGUUACAGUCGAGGCCUUCUAUUGACUUGGCUCGCUGUCUUCUGGGUAAGAACUUUUUUUUGUAGUGGACUCUCUCUCUCAAUUCUAGCAACUCAGUCUUGCUCGAGGUCGAUAAAUUAAACUCUAAAUCAACUUAUGAUCUGACGUUAUUAGAAAAUUAGCAUCGCUCCUUCUUUUAAACGUUUGUCUUUCAUUGACUGCCAUAAAAUUCGUACUGGUUAUUUCACGCGGCAGGAUUAGCUCGCUCGGCAGAGCGCUUGAAUGCAGGGCGGAAGGUCGCGGGUUCAAUUUCCGGGGCCGGAGCAAUACUCAGGGUCUUAAAAUGACUGAGAAAUAAAGGUACUGCCUUUGCCCUGCAAGCAGCUAGACCUUCGCGUGGCUCGGAUGACCACGUGAAAUGGCGGACCCGUCUCCAGUUGGAGAUGUAAAACUAGUAUCUCCAAUUAGUAUUUCCGUCCUAAAUACAGUCGAACCCCGCUAUUUCGAACUCGGUUAAUUCGAAGUCCCCGCUAUUUCGAAGGAAGAUCGAAUUCCCCUGGAUUUACGCUUCCCCUUUACGCUUCCCCGGUUAUUUCGAAACCCCGCUAUUUCGAACUUUUUUCCAUUUCCCUUGAGACUUCGAAAUAGCGGGGUUCGACUGUACAUUGACACUCAAAUAAAGGGUAUUUUUUUACUCAUUUUGAACUUGACUCACUGAAGAUUAAAUAAAUUGACUUUGAGAGUAUCAAUUACAGAGUUGCAGCGGUUAUUAUUAUGUGGCUGCUUCCGCUAGCGGGAAAGAUGAAGCGAAUCCUGUUUUCUGAUUGGCCACUGCACCCAAGUAAACUAGAUGGGCCUCCCUUGCCCGCUCUGGACUUCCCGCUAUUCUCUCGUUCGCUCAAUGAAUCUUUCAUUGUCCAAGCUGGUUCGGUUAAGAUGAUUUGAUUCUGGCGUCGCUCUUUUUUCGUCUCGUUACAAAAAAAACUUAAUCUAAAACGUUUAUGCUUCAUUCAAUAAAGGUGGCUUCGGCAAUUGAUCAUUGGCGAUACAGAACAAUGCAACGAUUUGGUUUAGUGACUACAAAGCAAUAGAUUCACCGUGCGCAAUUACCAAUACCCAAAGCAACCUUCAAUUAUAUACAGUUAUAUACAGUGGUUGGUUAAAAAUCUAAACCAUUUUGAAGACUUGUUUUGUGAAACUGUGGUAGAUUGAUCCUUUCAGUAUACAGUAGUUGUUUUCAGUUUCCUGACUUGGUGUCUUACUUAUUUUGUUGGCACUUUUUUGAAAGUCAUGUUGCGUGGAAUGAGAAUUAAAGCAAAAUUUAAAAAAGGAAUGCAUAAAAGCAGCUUUCAUUUCCUACAGGUCCGGGAAAAUUAAAGAGUCCUUCCCUGCAAGCCAUCGCUGCUUAAUCUCUGUGGUAGAAUAUUCGGCUUAACUCAUACAUUAAAGACAUUUUUGUAGAGACUCUUUAUUGUAAAGUUGGAUGAGUUGCUCAACGGCGGUGUGUGUCGGCGAUCACCCAAAAUUGACCCCCAAUAGAUAUUUCAGGUAUUAAAGCUGAUGUACGUGAAAAUGCAUCAUGAUGUUUUGAUUUUCUGCAGAUUUUAAACUGGAAACGCUUGGCGAUACAGCCCAGAUCCCUCGCCUGGCUUCAUCGUUAUCUGCAUGUGCACAACUCAACACUCUCUCCGCUGGCCAAAGAACGUGGGCGCUAAGCCGGUUGAGAAAACUUGUGCUGUCAGAAGUGGGACCAUCGAUUGACGUACCCAGCCUUUUCGGAUACAAUCUUACGUACGAUCAACCACUCAUUAAACUAAAGCAGAACAGUGACCAGCGUAUGAGCACGGUAGGUAGUCGUGACUUACCCUUGCAUUCUCAAAAGUAUUCAUAUCCAGCCUUGAUAAUAAUAUUAAAGUAGAAGUAAUCUCUGAUUACGGAUCCGCGUUCGUCACUUAAGGAAAAAUUACGGAAACGAAAUCGAGUCGAAAGCAGUCCAGUUUCCCGUCCGAGGUGCCCCUGAUAAAACUGAUAGGGGCGGCUAAUUUGCAGUCGCCCGUGAUAGCUCAAAAAUGUCUGCCAUAGUGCCACAGGAACACGAGAUUAGGAUGCGUUCUGACGAACGCGAUUAGAAGCACUACCCAUAUCUCGGUAGUGAUUCGUCCUAAGUAUGGAAUUUCUGCGUUCGCUCCUCGGAUGUCGUUUCGCGGGAAGAGCACUGAUGGCGUCGCGAAAUGUCGACUAUUUUCUCAGACUAACUUUUAAAUACGGAAACAUUUAGCCAAGGGCCAGUGACCAUUCGUACUGAUUUCCAUUGGUUUUGCUUCUUGCUUGGGCUUAUAUGUUCCUUCUUAGUAGGCACGAUGGCGUCAUUUUACUACUACCACCUCUUCGUUUUUCCUUUCACUGAUAUUUAAAUUUGGUUUUCCCAGGGAGGUUUACAAAACUAGAAAGCAAAACCCUGUAGGAUUCUGGUCAUAGUAGUGAAACGACGUCACCGUGCAAAUGGCUUAUUACAUUUCAUGUGGCUCGAGCUGACGUUCGACCAAACUGUACUGAAAUGAAACUGAACUUAAUUAGAUUGUCACAUUGUUUGAACAAACUAAUCUCCUUAACGGGGACUUCCAAACGAACAGACCCACAUGUUCACAUUGCAGAGUUGUUCGUAUUCUAAAGCACAAUGGUUCUAAACUACAACGGUUCUGUUCAACGGAACAGUCCUUAAUAGAAAGGUGUUUCGUAUCUCUGGAACCAACCGGACAGUCCGUAAUACAGAUGUGUCUCUAUUACACAGGAGUCUCGUAUUCUUAAUUGAGUAACGUCGUUCUAAAUUAUAAUAAUGUAAUUUACUAGAUGUUGGGUGUUCUUGGGCGUGUGUUGAGAAGACUCUUAAUUCUUAUUUAUUUCCUCAGGCUGUUGCGUCCUCGGCACUCGGAAAACUAAUCCGAGGACUUCCAGACACUUUACGAAGACAGUACGAGUACGAGGAACAGCUUGUCAGAGGAGGCAAACACCUUUUUCAUAGCGACUUUUUCAAAGUGAGUUAUUGUCUUCGAUAUGUGAAAGUUGUGUCGUAUGCACCGUAAAGGUGGUGAUGCUGUUUAUAAAAGGACAAAUCGAUUAUCUCAUUUAGUAGAAAUUAAAAAGCAGGAAAAAUUACAGCAGGUGUAAGUAUUUUUUAUUCAGUUUUCUCAUUGCCCUGUUUUGUUCUUCCACAGGUUCUUGUCGCGUUUGCCUGUGACCUUGGCCUCGAUGCUCUUCCAUGUUGUGUGGAUGGGCACGAGUGGGCCUGGUUCAGACGUUUCUGCGUUGCUUCGCGAGUUGCACAAUCGCUGGAGUUAAGGACGCCUCUUCCGUCCGACUUUCAGAUGGAAGUCAAGGAGAAAAUCUCGGAAAUGGUUCAGGAUAGCGACGAAGGCGCCGAUAACUACACAGACCACAAGAUGUUUAGACGAGAACAUGACGAACAACUUCUAUUGUGGCUUAACCAGUGAGUGUAUUUUGCGAAUCGAAAUCCUUGUUGUCUGAGAGAGAAAAAGUUCGUGUGAAAUGCUUCUACUGAGUAUUUGUUUUAGUGCACUGUUCUCGUAUAUUCAUUAACAAAGUUGCGAGCGAAAAAUUUGUUUGCUCUUCAGAUUGUAAGGGAAUGAAACUCGUUUUAUUAUUUGUUUGGUAGUUGAGGCAAAGGUAGUGACUAGAAUGGAUCCUCAAAAUCUGGUUUCCAAUUACAAGGAAACACUUUAGCCUUUUGUUUUAGACUCUCGUGGUUCUACUUUAACAUACUCCAUUACGGGCGACAAGAGGAGCCCGCAAUCCUAAUCUCCAGGUUGCUGUUUCACAUGCGCGACACGUAUGUAACCAGCAUUUGUUUGGACUUCCACUAAGAACGAAUGGCAUGUAUUGUACGAAAUCUAAUCACGCGCGUUUGAUUGUGAUAUCACUCGUAAUAUGAUCAUACGUGCUUUGAACUUCUAUUAUACAAAGCACAGCUUUGGAGCAUGACCAUGUGCACUCCCUGCACUCCCUAGCCUUUGUUUAUUACCAGUAUGUAGUAUUUCUAGUGUAUAGUAAAUUCUAGCUUGUCUGGCUUUCAGGCGCCCCUCUGAUUGGACGGUAACCUGGGGUGGAAGUGGAACUAUUUACGGCUGGGGCCACAAUCACCGCGGUCAGCUCGGCGGGAUUGAGGGCGGAAAGGUCAAGUUUCCACAGCCCUGUGAGGCCCUCAGUGCUAUAAGGCCUGUUCAAAUUGUUGGAGGAGAGCAAACUCUUUUUGCAGUUACAGCUGAUGGAAAGGUUUGUGCUGUUGGAGUCGCAUUUUACGUCCUAAAUAUUUGUACAGUCAACUCCCUCUAAGACGGCCACCUCUGAGACCAGCAGUAAGUGUCCGUCUUAGAGAGGUGUCCGUCUUAUAGAGAGUCAAAUAAACGGAGUAAACAAAGGCAGGGACCAACUCUAGGUGUCCGUCUUAUAGAGGUGUCUGUUAAGAGAGAGUCGACUGUAUUUUUUUGUUUGCAUAAGCAGUCAGACCACGUUUUGGACGUUUUAUGGUGCUCCUAAAUCUGUGAGUUGGUUAGCUAUUGCUUUGUCGUAUAGCUUUCAUUCUGCUCCUUUUCAGUCGUUUAUACUUAAUCAUUUAGAAAUCGCAUCGGUCCACAACGCUCUAAAACUGCCGGAAUUCUCAAGAACAUGAGAAGCACCUGAGAGCCAUUACCUCUAGCGUUUGUUAACUCUAUCUGGCAAUUAAGUUGGGAACGUGCACAGAUUAAACAUUACUUUUUACCAUUUCUUUGUAGGUAUACGCCACCGGUUACGGACACGGUGGUCGUCUGGGACUAGGCGGAACAGACACGGUGACGUCAGUGCGGUUAAUAGAAUCCUUGCAACACGUGGUCAUCAAAAAAGUCGCGGUGCAUUCUGGAGGCAAGCACGCCAUGGCACUGUCCAUGGACGGUGAUGUUUACUCGUGGGGAGAAGGGGAUGACGGGAAACUUGGGCAUGGUAGCCGGAAGUAAGUACUUUUAUUAGUUAAACUCACGGUUCCUUAUUUCCGAUUGAAGAAAUUUCCCUUUGCCUGUCAGUUUAGAAGCGGUCAUUUGAAAUGAUAAGUACUGAUUUCGCUGGUACGAGGUCUGAGACCAAAAAUAUAUAUAUCUUUACAAACUGGUCAGACUGGCCAAAAUCCAUACUGCUUUGCAUCGUUAAAGGUAUGUUUUGUAAUUCUAAGGGAAUGUGAGGGUCACCGCGGUUGAUUUUGCUGUAUAAAAAUCUUUUUGUCUGUUGGUUUACUUUGGACAACUUUUCUCUCUCUUUAGGUUUUAAUGUCUGCGUUACUCCAUUCUGUUGACAUGUCCAUUUGGCGGCAUGAAGUGUGUUUGAUUGUCUAGUGUGUUCGGUGUUUUUGUUUCCCCAUUUUGCUCCGUUGUUUGUUUGUAUGUUUGUUCGUCCCAGUAAAUGUUAAGUGCUGUUGAGGUUUAGCUGUUGUCAGUACUGGGCUAAUUACUCUAUUUUGGUAUCAGAUUUUUUUAUUUGCUGGAUUGCUUUGUGUAAACAUUCCACACAGUAGUCAUUUAACAAAUGCCUCUGUUUUCCUAGCUCGUGUGAUCGUCCGCGUGUUAUUGAAGCUCUCCGAGGCAAAGCCCUUGUGGACAUCGCCUGUGGCGGAUCCCACAGCGCUUGCAUCACAAGCAACGGAGAGUUGUACACUUGGGGCAAGGGAAGAUACGGAAGACUAGGCCACGGUGACAGUGAAGACCAGCUACUGCCAAAAGUGGUGGAGGCACUUCGCGGACAUCGUGUCAUAGACGUGGCAUGCGGAAGCGGAGACGCGCAGACGCUGUGUUUGACGGACAAUGACUGUGUUUGGUCUUGGGGAGACGGAGAUUAUGGCAAGCUCGGUCGAGGAGGAAGUGAUGGAUGUAAGAUUCCUAUGAAAGUUGAUUCACUCAUGAGGGCUGGUGUGUGUACGGUUGAGUGCGGUUCCCAGUUCUCUGUAGCUCUGACCAAGUCUGGCGCAGUGUACACGUGGUAAGUGAUGAAUAUACUAUUACAAUCACCAAGGGGCAUGACUACCAUACUGUAUUUCCGGCACGUAUUGGAAGUUGAAUUUUGUAAAACCAAUGACAGUCUAUGAGGCUCUUUCCAGGGGUCGAAAUCUGCACGUGCUUGUCUUAAUCAAGGUUAUUGGCGCAAGAUUCGGCUCACAUUGAGUUCGACUAUCGCAUCUUUUAGGCUACUGCUGGAUCUAUCUGCUCAAAAUAAAAUCUUUUAUUAGUUAGCGUGGUGUUCCUAGAAGGGCCUUACUAGCUGCAGUAGAACCUCGAUAACUCGAACUCGGAUAACUCGAACUCCCCGCUAACUCGAACCAAACUAUCUAAUUUCCCUUGGAUUUUACCCCACUUUUCAGUCAUUUUUACUCGGUUAACUCGAAUUUCCCGCUAACUCAAACUAAAAUUCCUUUCCUUUGGUCAAAUUUUCACUGAAAUUUACCCCCAGUAACUCUAAUUCUGGUUAUUGUAACUCCACUCAGAUGCCAUCCCAUCAGCUCUUCCUGUCCUAUAUGUUUAACGCUACAGCAAUUUGGUGCAACGAAUACAUCACGUUUUUUUCGUAAAAAUGCGUGAUCAUGUUGCCUUCUCAAAAGAAACUGUACUAUACACUGAAGUGCUGAAAAUCAGUAGUUAUCAAUUAUCAACCUGACCUGUUGAGUUUCCGUAUUGUACUUUUUCCCUUGCCUCUUUGUUUGCUUGCUAAUUUCUUUCAGUUUGAUCAUUGUAAAACUGGGCGUUACUCUUGACAAUUCCCUCUGAGCUCUUGUACAAUAGGUCUUUUUUUACUUCGUGCAGGGGUAAAGGGGAUUACUACCGUCUCGGUCACGGCUCAGAUGAUCACGUGAGACGCCCAAAAAGGGUGGCAGCGUUACAAAACAAGAAAGUCAUCGCCAUAGCAACAGGCUCUUUGCACUGUGUCGCGUGUACCGACACAGGUGAGGUGUACACGUGGGGUGAUAAUGACGAGGGGCAGUUAGGAGAUGGUUCCACCAACGCUAUUCAAAGACCAAGGCUAGUCACAGCUUUGCAGGUGCGAAUUCUUUACUAGUUCAAUUUUCAUUUUAAUCAUAACUAUAACAAAAUUCUCAAAUCUGAUUGGCUAUCAACUGCCCUGAUUUCAGCCUCGAUAGGACAGUUUAAGAGGACAGUACGCGUCAUCCCCAAGUAAUUGGACAGUACACGCCAUCACGCGCGCGCUUAAAUGGCUUUUUUUGUUUCACUGCUAGCAAAGAAAAAUCUUGGAAUUUCUUGUGUUUUGAUUUUAAAAAGAGCCUUAUACAUCACAAAUUUUGUUAAAGUUAUGAUUAAUUGAUAACAGAACUUCGUGUCGUCCAAUAUCUGUAAUCAUACUCGUGAUUAAACAAAUCGGACUCCCGCGGAUUUUGUUAAUCACUGGUAUGAUUACAGACCGAACUGUACUCCACUCAGUCAUUUUACCAUUACAAAUAGUAGGUAAGAUGAAAAAAAUUUGGUAUGUUUAUCAUACAUUUUCAUUAGUUUCGAAUACCGUCAAUUGCCUCCAUAAUAUGGACACUCACUAGAGACAAAUCAGAAGGUCUGCAUUAUAUUGUAAAGGUCAAAUAUGUAGGAGGAUUGGUAUCUGUGGGAACACUGAGAGAACUAUUUGUAAUAGAAAGGUAUCCGUAUUAUGGAGAGGUCCGUAAGAAGAGGUCCAACCGAAGCAUAUAAGUCUCUAAGUCGGUCAUUGUUAAACGCGGCAAUGAUUGACCAUCUAAGUAAGUUGUCCGCCUUAAUGAGAGUUUAAGCGAUUGACUAAAAUGGUUGGAUUCUUUUAUGGUGUCCGCUUAUCGGCGAGGGGGAAGGGGGAGAGGGCUGUGCAUUUAAAUAGAGGUAAAUGAGUUGAUUGUGACAAGUGUCAUGUAACUUUAGAAUUUUUUGUUACCCUUGUGUCUGUGGUUUUGUCAGUUCUUAUUUUGAUAUCCUUGUUUUACAAUUCCUCUCCUUCUCAGGGUAAGAAGACAAACCGUGUGGCAUGUGGCUCGGCUCACACGAUCGCUUGGUCCACCACCAAACCCGCCAAUGCCGGUCGCCUUCCCAGGGAAGUCCCGAUGGAGUAUAACCAUCUGCAGUCAAUCUUCCUGGGAACUCUUCGAAAUCGCCUCAUGCUUCUUCACCACUUCUCAGAUCUCGUGUGUUCCUCGCUCGCCAUGUUUGAUCUGCAACCCCGACUUAAGGAACAUGCUGGUCAGGAGCCACUGGUAGCGCUUGAUUCCUUGAGAGGUGUAUUGAUACCAUCGGGCAAGGUAGGGACCGAGGCUAUGGGCGCUUUCCAAAGUCAGAACUGGCCGGCUAGACCGGUUGAUUUGAAAAUGAAAUAUUAGUUCUUUUCUUGAAAUUUUUACUAAACCUGGCAUCUCAUCCGUGCAUACUAUUCAGGAAUAAGCUGAUCUGGCUGGAUAGUAUUGAUUAACAAUGGGAUUUUCCUUACGAUAGAACUGGUGUGGCCCGUAGCCAGUUCUGACAAAUUUAAGCGCCCUAGCUAUGAAGACUUAUUACUUGUAUUCCACACAUUAUUAUCUACCGGUAUUUCUCAUUGACAAAGAUGAGUUCCCGCCCACCAACCUACGGGGCCCCCUAAGCCGGAACCAAACCCGGCUUAUGUAGCAUGAGACACCUAGGGAUAUUAUUCCUUUCCCCUUCCCCUCUGGGAUUUUGGUCGAUCUCAGGAUUCCCCCAGUAGUAUGUGGUUGUUGCCCGCCCAGGUUGUUCGAAAGGUGGAUAACGCUAUCCACUGGUUUUCCUAAUAUUUAUCCGCCUGGAUAGUGGUUUAUCCGUUGGAUAGUGCUAUCCAACAUUUAAACAACCGGGUCUGGAUGAAGAGAAACGGACUGUGGAGAUCAGUUUCUGGUCUAAAAAUGAGGAACUUGAGCCGGGAUCUACAGGUCCGAAGUUCGAGGUGUUAACGACUUGACCACCACGCCCUCACUAAGAUGCCAUGGUAACUAAUAUUUGGCGGGCUUUUCGCUAACUUUUCCAAUCUAAAUUCCUUUUUCCACUUGCCCUUUGUUACCAAGAUAAACCUUUGUAUUUCAUUCUGUAGAAUCCCAAUGUUAUUCUUUUGUCCGACAAUCGUUUUUUAUAAAUACGCUAACACUCUGUUGUCACUGUUGUAGGAAGCGGCCUUCCGUAAGGUAGUUCAGACAACCAUGGUUCGUGACCGACAGCAUGGUCCUGUAAUUGAACUUAACAGAAUACAGGUAAAUCCUUUGGUAACGUCAGCCUCGAAUUACGUUGUGUCCUUCGUUGUUCGUAAAUACACUGUCACGUUUAUUGAUAGAAAGCGUGAAGAUUGCACCAAACAAUUUCAAAAGCUUAAGAAACAUUUUCAUCAUUUUUAAGAGUGUUUGGAUGACACUGAUGCAAGUGAUACGCACAUAAACAGCUGUCCUUUUUUGUUUUUCAUCAAAUGCAGCUCAUUGUACAAUUCAAGUACAACAUGUUUGUUGUACUGAACCCCAUAAUCCACGUUAUAUUUCUAUUAGAAGGCUAACGUGAUCCUUCAGCAUAAUACAUUUUUCUUUCAGAUCAAAAAGUACAGAUCCAAGGGUGGUCUUACUGGACCAGACGGCUCUAAAUCGGUAUUCGGUCAGGCUUGCUUUAAGAUGAGUAACUUUGGUCCCGACAGCUUGUUCCUCCCGCAUCGUGUCUGGAAGGUCAAGUUCAUUGGCGAAAGUGUUGAUGACUGUGGAGGUGGUUACUCCGAGUCCAUCGCGGAAAUGUGCGAUGAGCUUCAAAAUGGCUCUCUUCCGUUGCUGAUUGUCACCCCUAAUGGAAGAGAAGAGUCAGGAGCAAACAGAGAUUGCUUUAUUCUGAAUCCUGACGCUCGCUCUCCUGUGCAUCUGAGCAUGUUCAAAUUCCUGGGUGUGCUGAUAGGAAUCGCUAUCAGGACAGGCAGCCCACUGAGCUUGAACCUCGCUGAACCUGUUUGGCAGCAGCUGGCUGGUAAGUAAUGUUGCAGUGGAGCGUUAAUAACGUCAACUCUAAAUGUUUGUUGCAUUUCAUAAGAGAGCUGGUCAUUAUAGAAUCUAACUAAAGGCGUAAGAUAUAUGUGAACGCAAACGCCCUUAAAGAAGUUCUUAUAAUCUUUGGCAAAUUAUUAUAACUUUUUUUUUUCAGGGAUGUCACUGCGAGUGACAGACCUAGCUGAAAUCGACAAAGAUUAUGUGCCUGGUUUGAUGUGCAUCAGGGACAUGGAUGAGACGUUUGAAGCUAUGGAGAUGCCGUUCAGUACUCCUAGCGCCAGCGGUCAAGAAGUACAGCUGCAUAAUAAGGUUAAGAGAAUCACGCUGGACAACAGAGAAGAAUAUGUUAGAUUAGCACUUCAUUACCGCUUGCAUGAGUUUGAUGUACAGGUAAGUGUUGUUGGUGGUUUGGGUUCUAACUAUUAUCAUGUCAGUCAGUUCUUGAGUCAGAAAAUAGCGUGAUGUUGUUUUUCACGAAACGGUCGAAAAAAUUCUGGCCUUUGAUGAAAACGUUUUAGGUUACUUAUCCCAUUGAUGUUUGAUGUAUUAUUUCAACUUUUGUGUUAUGUUGCAAAAUGUUGGAAAUACAGCUGUAGAUGGGUGUCAGUCAGUAAACGCCCCGUUUGUCAGUCGUUCUUUUGUUUCGUGGUUUUGUAGACCUCGACUUCGUCUCGCUCCUUAAAAGCAAAGAAAAAAACUAGCCGAUACCCAGCCAUCUUGACCCCGCAAUUGGUCAGUAACGUCUGGAGCGUGGGAAGAAAAACGUUGUCCCCACAAAUACGUUUAGAUAGAUCUUUUUCACUUUUCCUCUCGAUUUGACUUAACAUGAUGAAUCUUUUCUAUAAUUAGGUAUCGGCGGUUCGAGAAGGCAUGGCACGAGUGGUCCCAGUUCCCUUGCUAUCUCUCUUUACCGGUCCUGAACUGGAGACAAUGGUGUGUGGAAGUCCCGAUAUUCCUUUGGACCUGUUAAAGUCCGUGGUGACGUAUAAAGGGGUAGACGCUAGCGCUCCAUUGGUUCGUUGGUUCUGGGAUACACUAGAAAGUUUUUCCAACGCCGAGCGCUCGUUGUUUCUUCGGUUUGUUUGGGGGCGAACACGACUCCCGAGAACUAUCGUGGAUUUCCGAGGCAGGGACUUUGUAUUUCAGGUAAGUGAUCAUAGCUCGAUACACCGGCCAAAAGCAAGUCACAGCGAAGUUUUUGUCCAACGUGGGCGAUAUGUUUAUUAUUCCAUACUCCCGUGUAGCAAUGGUCCCAAAGACGCCAAACUUCAUACAUUUUCUUUAUUUCCGCCCCACUUUUGUCAUACUGACAGUUGAGUCCGUCCGUGUCCCUAUUGUGCUGUUGUGGGGGUUCGGCUAAUUAUGCAAGAUUGUAAAAACAAGUGUGUUCGCCUGGGUAUCUACCUUAAUUGCUCUCUGUAAGGGCCUGGUGAAACACUGUACUGUUACAGACGCAAUGAGCACAUUUUGGUGUUGCGUUGUUUCGAUUUGAAAAAUUCUAAGAAGUGUUCAAUUAUCCACGACUUCCACAGGCCCGCCGUCUAUAGCAAGCUUUGUCGAGGUAUGGGGAUCCGGAAAGAAGAAAACUUGAUUUCUUUACUACGUGCUUCAGUUCUCAUGCCUAUUAUGGGUUUAACGUAAUAAAACUCUUGCAUAUAAAUGUGUUUCCAGGUACUUGACAAAUACUCGCCCCCGGAUCACUAUCUACCGGAGUCGUACACCUGCUUUUUCCUUCUUAAGAUGCCUCGCUACUCUUGUCAGAGAGUACUUUGCGAAAAGCUUAAGUAUGCCAUCCAUUUUUGCAAGUCCAUCGACUCAGACGACUACGCCAGGAUCGACCUAACUGGAGAGCAAGCUGAGGAGUAUGAUACUGACGUUGAGGCGUUCUAGAAAAUACCGUCACGGGGACUUCUUUUGUCCCUGGGAGACCAAAGGACGUGGCAUUACAUUUCACGUGAUUAGCAUCCAGAGUCCACGUGCUAUCUCGUAAACCGGCGCACUGAAAAAUUAUUUUGUCUGUAGGAUAACUGCUAAAUUAGUGAGUGUUUCAAGGUGUGGACGGUUUUACCUUCACAACGACUCAGAGAAGCGACAACGACAGUUCCUGUAAUACUUAUUGCUGUAUUUCAAGGCACGCUGAUCAAAGUUUCUGCAGUCACAUGUGCAGUCGUUAUUACAUAUUUAAGUUGUGGGUAUCCUCGCUUCACAACAUUGGCAAAAGACUGAUAAUUGUAUCUAUAAAUAUUGAAAAAAUAAUGUCUUAUUGGCGAAAAUCGGCUUUGUCCCUCUAAUUUUAAAUAGACCGUAGAAUUUCGAAAAUAGUGUGGUUCGCUUAGAAAUUAAUUAUCUUGUCUUUCAAAUAUUUUUAGACUCAGUAACGGUGACUGAGAGAAUUGUUAAUUUAUUUGUAUUACUGAAUUGUGCGUUGUUGGCAAAUUAUGAGAAUCAUUUUUUAUCAAGUUUAAAACUGAUUAAAGUUGAUGACGUU